CAGAGUUGUAUCACAGAAUGUUUUGGCAAACCAUCCUUUUUGGAGAAUUUGGAGCAGAACAAGCUAGCACAGACCUAGAUCUUCGUAAGAUCAGAAAUGUACGGGUGUUUUGAAAUCAUAUUUUAUAAUGCUUGACCCUUCCGCAGGUUUGUGAUUUUUGUUUGUUUGUUUGUUUGUUGUUGUCCUUUUCUUAUUACUUUGGGAAAUCUCUAGAGGGAGUGGGCUAAGGUAUCUCCGAGGGUAGUGCUGAAUAAAAGCUUUAUAACAUUUCAAAUAGGUUUUUUUUGUUAAGAGUACACACUAAAUCGACCCCCAUGGAAGAGAGACACGUGAGAGAGUCACCCAACCCUCCAGUAAAUUACACAGAAGACAAACAUCCAACCCAUGUUUUUUUUUAAAGGAACUGGCAAUGUUUCUGCUCACCAGAGCGUGUAUAAAGUUUAAUAACGUCUCAGGUAAAUCAAAAUGUUGCUACUUGUGGGAUGGGUAUAAAGUUUUUAAACACAACCUUCUGCAUAUUAGUAUUAUUAUAGUAUAUAUCGGUUGGCUUCCAGUCAGACCAUCUUACCAGUUACCAGUUUCUGUAACUGUCUGUGAGAGUUAUUCUAAGAGUAUACUUCAUUUUAACAGUAUGUGACAAUCAUAAAGAGGAACAGUGGUGGACAUUUGUUUGAUAGCACAAACAGAUCACUUGAUGGGGAAACCCCAGCCGUGAAUACAGGUAAUUGGAAUAGAAAACCAUAGCAGAAACAAAAUGGCAAUCGCAUAGCAUGAAGGGAGAGAAAAAGUUGAACGAUAAACGGAAAAUACUGGGAAGAUAGAGCAUAAGGAAAUGAGAACUAGAUAAGAUAGAUUUGGAAAGGAAAACUGAUAAAACUAAAAAUAGACAAUACAGAAGAGAAAACAACUUGGUAAAUAAAAGAGGAAAUAGAUACUGGGCUAUAGAGAAAGUGGGGAAAAUUAGACAGAGAAUAAAAAGGAAUUUGACAAGAGAAUGUUCCACAAAGAUAGGUCAGAGUUCGAGAAACUUUGGCUUAAGGCUUCUAUAGUUCUUCUGGAAUUAUUAUUAAUAUUAUUUAUAAAGCGCCAACAAAUUUGGUAGUACUGUAAAAAGAGGUGGACUGAAAAGUAUUUGCAACAAGAUGAGUUGGAUGCACAGGAACAGAGGGUGUAGAGAGCCAUGCUCAAAAGAGCUUACAUUCUAGAGCAGGGGUGGCCAAACAAGAGAUCCCCAGGUUUUGUGGAACUACAACUCCCAUAAUGCUUUGCAAGAAUGACAAAGCACCAUGAGAGCUGUAGUUUUAAAACAUCUGGAGAUCUAUCUUCUGGGCAGCCCUGUUCUAGAGGGAGUGGGGUAAAGUGGCACAGGAAGGGUAGGAUGUAUUUCAUGCAUGAAAAAAAGUAGCUUACUAAAAUAGUUUAUUGGAUGAUACAGUUGCAGGAGAGGAAGCAUGGUGAGCUACCAAGUUACGGGGAGGGAAAGCUAUAAACACUUUAAUUGAUAUGCUUUCCUAAAGAAGUGAGUUUUAAAUGAUCUUUUGAAGUAACUGAGAAUGGGUGAGAGUCUAACGGAGCAGGGAAGAGAGUUCCAUAGGAACGGUGCAGCUCUAGAGAAGUCUUGAAGGUGGGCGUCAGAGGUGCGAGUACGAACAGAGAAAAGUUGCAAAUCUUCAACAGAACGUGGUGGCUUGGAUGGGACAUACUUGUGUAUUAUCGAGGAUAGAUAGGUAGGAGUAGCGUUAUGCAGAUGUUUAUAAGGAUUCUAAAGGAUGGAUGAAUUAAAGCUGCAGCUUAUGUAAAGGAUGGAGGGAUAUCUGUCCAGCUCUGGCUGUCAUGUGUCUAGAGAUCUAUGUUCAGGCCACAGGUUCUAUGACUCAGAAAACCUCUGCUGUGCUGUAUUUUUUUAACUGGCGACUGAGUGUGAGAAAGCAGGAGACAUGCUUUCAAUAGCGUAGCUCCAUCGUAUCUUCUUUACUCAAUGCUUUGUUGCAUUUUUUACAGUACUGGCUUAUUAUUUGAUUUAUAUAUUUAAUUAUUAUUGUAUUUAUGUAUAUAAUUAUUUUUUUUUUCCAAGUAAGAUACAUUGAGAUUUCUCUCGUUUUCAAGUAUGUCCUGCAGGGAGCAUACAAAUACAAUGGUACACGUAUAAUAGAUAUAAUAGAUGUAUACAACGCAAUUAUAAAUUAACAAUGAGUGCAGCUGUUUCUGGUUCAAUAUCGAUGGAUGGGGCUGUUUUCAGGCACUUCAGAUUGGUGAAAGAUUUGAUAUUGUCUGGCAGGAUAUUCCAUGUAUGUGGAGCUCUAAAAGACAAAGCGGCUCAGCCGACCUCCUUAUGGAGGUGGAGAAUGGUAAAUAAGGAGCAAAAAGUGGAACAGAGAAUUUAUGGCACAUAGACUACCCCUUUAAAGGGACUCUAUGGGCACCCAGGUAAUUUAAUCUCAAGGUAGGGGCCAUGUUACUACUGUCUGUUUAACCCAGCAAUGUAAAGCAUUCCUGUUCUGCAGGAAUGGCAAUGUUAACAUUGCAGGGUUUAAAUGCCUCUAGUGACAUGCAUCUACAAGAGGCGCCUCCUCUGAAAUAGCCGAGUAAAAGCUGGCUAUUUCUAUCAGAUGGACUCAUGGAAACCAUCUUUCAUGUCAGUGUUUCAAUAACUUCAAAGAUGAGUACUUUUAUUUUUAUAUUGGCAUUUUCUUGUUAUGCGCUAACCUUGGUCCAUAGUACGUUUCGUUUUUUGCAAUGGCCUACUUUAUUUCAUUGUAUUCAGGCCAAUAGAGCGUGUCACUUAAACAGCACUAGUGCAUGUUCAAGGUAAUAGGAUGUCAUUAGUUUAUUCUGGGUACAUAGAUAUUGUGAACUAGAUGCAUAAACUAAUUCCCAAAACUAGAGAGCAGCUCAAAUGCUAACAGCUUGAAAGAGAUUACAUCAUGACAACUAUGAUGCUUUAAUGACCAACUACUUUUAUCUAUAUACUGUUCUAGCAAUAUGGCUAGAAAACGUAUAAACUAUUAUUUUCAUUAAGCAAACACUUGGGUUAUAUGACUUUGGUGACAACAAAUGACAUGGGUUAGGGGAGGAUCUGUUACCUUUCUGAUCAUUACAGUCGCUCUUUCCCAUCUAAAUCUAAUUUAAGUGUGCUUGUGUAAAGUGAGUAGCAGAUUUGAGCAUAAACACACAUGAUUUUGCUGCAUUGUAAGUGACCAGUGGUACCAUCUGCUCAAUAUAAUACAAAAAAGACAAAAAACUAGUGUAUAGGCGCUUCGUAAAUCUAAAGAUAAAAGUGGUGGAAGAUAUAAAAGUGUUUCCCCAAACACAAUAAAACGUGAAUAACAAAGACAAAAUGUAUAUCAAACCACACAACGUGAAAAGGUAAUAGAUAUGCAGAAAAUACAACCUGAGCUUGUCAGUAUAAUCAGGUGGUAUCUAAAAGCAUAAGAUAAAAUACAACAUAGUGUAAUCUGUAUAAAAACAAUAAGAAUAGGGCAAAACAGACUAUCACUCACAUUAUGCAGAGCCGUCCCAGGCUCUGUAUUGUAGGCUCAAAGGUGCCAAUACAGGCAAACGAAAUUCCCAGAAAGUGGAUGGAGAAGUUGCUCAAAAGAUAUAUAUUUAUUAAGUAAAAUUCAAAAUUAUAAAAGCUCGAGGUAAUAGGGGAGUGGAAUCCAGACCAUGCAAACAAAAGGAUAUCCACUUACCCCAAACAGCAACCAAGAGCAAGUGCAUAGAAUGAACACAAAUAAAAAUAAUAAUAAAAUACAGCUGGGUAACAGCAGCAAGCAGCAGACGCGUUUCGGCUAUACAAGCCUUCUUCAAGUGCUAGUAUUGGGGUCUCCGGAGCUUCCUUAAAUACUUCAAGUCAUUAUAAACACAUGUGUAUAGUCUCCGUUUGAUUCUGUCACUUCCGGUAUUUUCAAAUGACGUCACUUCCGGUUAGCGGCGUUUGGAACGCAUGGUGGAACGCAUAAUGGAACGCAUGGUGGAACGCAAACUUCACCAUGCCGUUUUCUUGCGACCGGAUAGCAAAGUCCAUAACAUAUGAAAUGUAAAUACAAAACGUAUAAAAAGGAAGAAAUAGUUAAUUCAGUUCAAUUGAACAUACAUAUGAGGCAAUAGACAUAUAACAAGUAUAUAAAUAUAAGAAUAAUAUAUAAUAAAAUAUAUAAUUAAAAUAAGAGUUGGCAAUAGAUGGAAAAUAAAAGCAAUAAAGGCAUAACAAUAUCUUAAAAAGAUAAAAAAUUAAAAAAUAUUUAUCAAUAUAGAAAUUACUCUAAAAAUUGGCUAAAUUCAAAAUCUAAAUUAAGUCCAUUGGGAGAUAAUGUGUCUACUUCAAAAAUCCAUUUACUUUCUAUCUUAGCCAACUCUUUUACAUUAUUUUCACCUCUCCAAUUUUUUUCUUUUUUAAAAAUGGCCAUAAAUGAUAAUACUGAUGGAUCACUUCUAUGUUUUUCAGCAAAAUGUGCUGACACACUAUGUUUAAGAUAUCCCCUCUGUAUAUUGCCCAGGUGUUCCGCAAUUCUGGUUUUUAAAGCUCUAGUGGUCAUCCCAAUGUAUUGCAGACCACAUGGGCACCAGAGAAGAUAUAUAAUAUUAGUCGAUUGACAAGUUAAAACCUGGCGAAUGGAGAACAAGCGAUGAUUAUAGCAAGAAGAAAAAGAGGUAGUUUUUUGUUUUUUAAAAAGAGUCUUCCUACACGCCACGCAAGAUUUACAAGGGUAAAAGCCUUGUUCUACAUUAAAAAAGUUUUUUUGUUUUUUAUCUUUAAUAAAGCUAGUAGUUAAAUGUUGUUUUAAAUUUUUUGCACCUCUAUAUAUUAUAGUCGGUUUCUCUCCUAUAAUAUUUUUAAGAGCUGGGUCAGAUCUAAGAAUGUGCCAAUAUUUAUUUAUAAUAUGUUUAAUUUGCCUAGCGUUUUCAUUAUAAUUUAAAACAAUAGGGACUCUUACAGGUUUUUCAUUAUUUUUCACUAUUAAUUUCUUUUUUGGUUUUAAAAUUUAUUUUCGCUCUUUAUCUUUGGUAUUUUUAAUAAAAAAAUCCAAAGACUUUGGAUCAUAAUUUUUUUCCACUAGCCUAGUUUUUAAAAAUUGUGCCUGUUCUUCAAAUACUUUGAAGAACAAGCACAAUUUUUAAAAACAGGAUCAUAAUUUUUUUCCACUAGCCUAGUUUUUAAAAAUUGUGCCUGUUCUUCAAAUACUUUGAAGAACAAGCACAAUUUUUAAAAACUAGGCUAGUGGAAAAAAAUUAUGAUCCAAAGUCUUUGGAUUUUUUUAUUAAAAAUACCAAAGAUAAAGAGCGAAAAGAAAUUUUAAAACCAAAAAAGAAAUUAAUAGUGAAAAAUAAUGAAAAACUUGUAAGAGUCCCUAUUGUUUUAAAUUAUAAUGAAAACGCUAGGCAAAUUAAACAUAUUAUAAAUAAAUAUUGGCACAUUCUUAGAUCUGACCCAGCUCUUAAAAAUAUUAUAGGAGAGAAACCGACUAUAAUAUAUAGAGGUGCAAAAAAUUUAAAACAACAUUUAACUACUAGCUUUAUUAAAGAUAAAAAACAAAAAAACUUUUUUAAUGUAGAACAAGGCUUUUACCCUUGUAAAUCUUGCGUGGCGUGUAGGAAGACUCUUUUUAAAAAACAAAAAACUACCUCUUUUUCUUCUUGCUAUAAUCAUCGCUUGUUCUCCAUUCGCCAGGUUUUAACUUGUCAAUCGACUAAUAUUAUAUAUCUUCUCUGGUGCCCAUGUGGUCUGCAAUACAUUGGGAUGACCACUAGAGCUUUAAAAACCAGAAUUGCGGAACACCUGGGCAAUAUACAGAGGGGAUAUCUUAAACAUAGUGUGUCAGCACAUUUUGCUGAAAAACAUAGAAGUGAUCCAUCAGUAUUAUCAUUUAUGGCCAUUUUUAAAAAAGAAAAAAAUUGGAGAGGUGAAAAUAAUGUAAAAGAGUUGGCUAAGAUAGAAAGUAAAUGGAUUUUUGAAGUAGACACAUUAUCUCCCAAUGGACUUAAUUUAGAUUUUGAAUUUAGCCAAUUUUUAGAGUAAUUUCUAUAUUGAUAAAUAUUUUUUAAUUUUUUAUCUUUUUAAGAUAUUGUUAUGCCUUUAUUGCUUUUAUUUUCCAUCUAUUGCCAACUCUUAUUUUAAUUAUAUAUUUUCUUAUAUUUAUAUACUUGUUAUAUGUCUAUUGCCUCAUAUGUAUGUUCAAUUGAACUGAAUUAACUAUUUCUUCCUUUUUAUACGUUUUGUAUUUACAUUUCAUAUGUUAUGGACUUUGCUAUCCGGUCGGCAAGAAAACGGCAUGGUGAAGUUUGCGUUCCACCAUGCGUUCCAUUAUGCGUUCCACCAUGCGUUCCAAACGCCGCUAACCGGAAGUGACGUCAUUUGAAAAUACCGGAAGUGACAGAAUCAAACGGAGACUAUACACAUGUGUUUAUAAUGACUUGAAGUAUUUAAGGAAGCUCCGGAGACCCCAAUACUAGCACUUGAAGAAGGCUUGUAUAGCCGAAACGCGUCUGCUGCUUGCUGCUGUUACCCAGCUGUAUUUUAUUAUUAUUUUUAUUUGUGUUCAUUCUAUGCACUUGCUCUUGGUUGCUGUUUGGGGUAAGUGGAUAUCCUUUUGUUUGCAUGGUCUGGAUUCCACUCCCCUAUUACCUCGAGCUUUUAUAAUUUUGAAUUUUACUUAAUAAAUAUAUAUCUUUUGAGCAACUUCUCCAUCCACUUUCUGGGAAUUUCGUUUGCCUGUAUUGGCACCUUUGAGCCUACAAUACAGAGCCUGGGACGGCUCUGCAUAAUGUGAGUGAUAGUCUGUUUUGCCCUAUUCUUAUUGUUUUUAUACAGAUUACACUAUGUUGUAUUUUAUCUUAUGCUUUUAGAUACCACCUGAUUAUACUGACAAGCUCAGGUUGUAUUUUCUGCAUAUCUAUUACCUUUUCACGUUGUGUGGUUUGAUAUACAUUUUGUCUUUGUUAUUCAUCUGCUCAAUAUGCUGUGUGUGUAUUUCCUUGCAUGUAUUUGAGCAUUCCAAGGAUAUUUUGAAUCUGCAUAUGAUGCCAGUCUUGAAUUUAAUAAAACUAAAACCUAAUUUUUUGUUACUCUAUAAAUUUUGGACUUUUAAAGACAUCAUUCUUUGUAUCAGUAAAAACCACUAUAAAGUAAAAUAAGUGAUGAUUGACCGAAAUAUUGACGGCUUCUGUAAAGUUAUUUUGGUUCUGUAGACUGCACGUAGAUUCAUUGGAAUAAAACACUACAUUUUUUUUAAUUCAACACAGUAGUUUAUAGCUUGAUGUAGCUUAACCCUGGUUUACAUUGCCUACACUAUCGGAAGUUGGGCCCCGGAUGACCUGCUGCUGGGCAGUGACAGGUAAGUGCAGCAAUGAGUAUUUCCCCUGUGCUAUUGUCAUCUGCAGAAAGGCGUGCAGAGAAAUUCAAAAGAGUGUAUUUGCACAUAUUUCUUACAGAUACGUACGGUGUCAGAAAAAAUGCUCUUAAAUUGUUUUCAUGGGACAGUCUCUCUGGGUGGGGUCACAAAGUUAGUGUCUCUCCCUCUCUUAGUUCCAUCCAACUGGUUUUACUGGUUAUUUACACCUACUCUGUCUUCAGUCAGGUCCCAUCACACAGGCAAAAUCUCCAGGGAGGAGUCUGACGUCUCCUGUACCGUCCUGUCCUACAACUCUUCAGAUCUCCAGCUGGUCGCUGUCAUCUCUUCAGGUGCAACGUACAGAAGGACUUAGGCUUGGGACCCAAAAGAAGCCGCCGAGAAGGGGUAAACGCCAAAAUGUUCAAAGGACAAAGCAAAUCUCCUACAAAGUCUCCAACAAAGUCUCCUACAAAGUCGCCUUCGAAAUACAGCAAGUAAGUGCUCACGAAUGGAGGGUGGAUGACAGUGAAUGAAAUAGAUCUAUAACUGUCAUGGAAUGAUAGAAUGGAACAAGACAAUGUAUGAAGCUUUUAGAACAUGCAACAGCAGCCUCUUAGCAUUAUCCAUUAUCUGAGAUACAUUUUAUCAGAAAAAUGUUUAGCUCAAAUUUUUUGAUCUCUACUUAUGGAAUGCAACAGCAUAAAAGGCUUACAGUCCUAGGCUUUAUUAUUAUGUCUUACUACUAAAGAUACACAGCGUUUGAUUUUAAUUACCUCAAAUACAUGAUUAUCUACAAACAUUCCCUAGAAAAAUGUGUAUUUGACAACUGGAAAUAAAGUGAUCACUCAGAAAUCAGCCAUCCAGCUAAUCAUGGCAUACAGUAGUGCUUGUUUGUAAAGUAACUGUGGUUAUAUAACAAACUAGUCAUUUAAAUAAUCAACAAGGGAAUUAAAAAAUUGUUGCCAUAUUAGCCUAAAAUUUGCAAUUCUGGCUUAGAUCUCUGUACUUUUUCUUGCAUUCGUUUCAAUAUCAGCCAAUGAGGCCACUUCAUUGUUUUCUUUCAUAUUCUGACACUUCUCAUAUAUAAAAUGCAAUUCUUUGCUAAACUGGAGAUCGGUCGCAAUGAGAUACUACAAUUGUUUAGCCUGUUCUAAAAUCUAGCUGUUACUUUGCUGUCAGGAGAAUGACAUGAGAGAUCUAGGGUUAAAUACUUUCUUUAAAGCAGAGUGAGAUUUAACCUUUCGUGUGCAAGAAAAAAUGUCUUUAUACACAGUAGCGCUAUGUUUUCCUGCAAGACACAGAGCAAACAUUGCUGUAGGCAGAAAAAAAACCCUGAAAAAUGAACUUUCAGAAUGUUUUGACUCAAACCCUUAAUCAUUGGUAAUAUAGUGACAUGUAUGAUCUCGAUCUACUCGGUUUAGUGGAAUUUGGGCAGUUUGGGUGUUGCCUGUGAUAAGGUGCAAAAGUGACAAAUUUUAGGCGGUGACCCUGUGCCACUCAAAACCUGAUCAGCAGGUAGACAAUGAUUCAAAGUCAGCAAGUCGCACCCAGCCUGCCAUUUUCCCUACCAGCUGUAAAACCUCAGACAUUAUUUAAUCUAUGCCUUCUUUUGUAUUCAGGAUACACCUUUAUGUUGCAUAAAUAGUUUUCAUUUCCCUUACUGCCCUUUUCCACCUCAGCUGGGAGGCUAUGCCUUGAAUCUACUCCUCCUUUAUUUUUUAUAUUUUUGGAUGCUCACAUAACUUUAAGGGAUGAGCAAUGUUUGUGUUGGCUGAGGAUCAUAGGGUGGACAUUCCUAGGUACAGUCAACUCACUGACUGAACAUUCCAUGUAAGUCACAGUUAAAGCAGCAGGAGUUCUAAACACUGGUAUUGCUGGAUGGCAAUGUGAUUUCAUUGAGAAUUACAUAAGAUUUCAUUGCAAUUCAUGGACAUUUAACUUGAAGAAGUUUAUUCACUAAACAGUGAAUUGUAAGAGAGUGAAAGCAGAAUUGCAGAAUUUAGGCAACACUAGAUGAUUUGGAAAAAUUCUCCAACUCAAUUGCAAUCACAGCUUGGCUGUUUUUGCCUAAAAUUUAGCAAUUCGGUUUUAAAUACAGUAGAAUUUGCUGUUUAGGGAAUACAUCGUAGCAGAAGUGACCCCCAAGGUUAUACCAAUGCUUGGCGUUCCCUCAACCGUGGGAGGUCAGAAAAUGAAAAUAUGUGAGUGACUGUCAGGCCUCUAAAAGCAAAUACUAGUAUUGGUGAACAGACCGUGCACUAAGGUACACACCAACUGGGGCCUUCCAAAUGCCACAGUCAGUGCCACUCAGUGUGCAAGCUGGUAUACUGGAGCAACAGUCCCUCUGAGGAAGCAGUAACAGUUUGUUGCUAACUCACCGAAUAGUAACACUGAUACCGUGGACAAUAUGCCAAAGGGGAGCAGGAGAAGAAGGUUGUACUGUCUCUUGCUCAACACAUGGACCCAUCUCCCUCUCUGAAAUAAUGUGAUUCAAGCGGAGAAGAGGGAUGUACAAUAAAAUUAUAACAUAUACACAUAUGUUUAUGCAUGUGUGAGUGGGUGUUAAUAUACCUGUGCACUAGUAUGUUUAUGCAUAUGUGCUAGUGUGCGUCUGUGUGAGAGCAUAUAUGUAUAUGUGCUAGUAUGUCUCUGCAUGCUAGUGUUCAUCCGUGUGCUAGUGUGUGUCUGCGUGCUAGUAUGUAUAUUUGUGCUAUUGUGUGUCUGCAUGCUAGUGUUCAUCUCUGUGCUAGUGUGUGUCUGCGUGCUAACGUAUAACUGCGUGCUAGUGUGUAUAUUUGUGCUAGUGUGUGUCUGCAUGCUAGCGUUCAUCUAUAUGCUAGUAUGUGUCUGGAUGCUAUUGUGUAACUGUGUGUCUGCAUGUUAGUGUGUAACUGUGUCUGCAUGCUAGUGUGUACCUGUGUGCUAGUGUGUAUAUUUGUUCUAGCACACACUAGAACUGUGUGUCUGUGUAUGUGUGCUAGUAUGUGUCUGCAUGCAAGUGUGUGUAUGUGUGCUAGUGUGUGUCUGCAUGCUAAUGUGUAACUGUGUGUCUGCCUAUGUUUCUAAUUAGAUUGCUGUGUGGAAAGUUAUAUAUGUGAGUGUGUUUAGUUAUGUAAGUACGUGUGUUUGGCUGAUUACAUGUGUAUGGAUGGAUCAUUCUGUAUGUAUGUGUUUGUUGUUUUAUUAAAAUGUGUGUAAGUGGCUAGUUAUGUAUGCAAUGUUAAUCAUGUAUAUGUAGACAGAGGAGAGGGGGCACAACACGGUCCACAUAGGGCCUUGCGAACAUAAGGGUAGUUUUAGUUUACAAUGUAGAACCAGCUACUGUAUGCACCAAUAAACAUAUAAAUAUAUUAUAUAUUAGAAGUGAUUAAGUGAAUUGCCUCUAAGACAGUAGAGGUACACAGUUCAGCUUUUACAAUGGGCAGAAGCAGGAUGCCCACUGGUAGGGGAUUUGGAGGCAUACAUCACAUAGUAACAGAUGGGAUGCAAGCUCACAAGCAGCAGUGCUUCCCAAAUGUCUCCACCUGUUCAAGUCCACUCCAAGGAGCUAAGCAAGCUUGUGCACACCACAUCUACGUACAGUGUUAUUUAGUAUGUUGUUGUAUCAGAGUCUUCAUCAGCAGUUAAACUCACAGUGCUCCACAGCAACAAAACUUAGCGUUGCUUAGUAUGUGUGAGUGUAACACAGACUUCAACAGGAGUAAAAUUCACAAUGAACAGCAUACCUCCCAACAUUUCAAAUGGACUAAGAAGAAGCCAUCAAUUUUAGGGGCGUGAAUGGGGUGGGGCCAGGGAUGGAGCUAUUUGAGGUGACUUACUAAUUACAAUUUAUGCAACUAAACUGUAACUUAGAACAAGAACAAUGUAUCUGAUUUCUAAACAUUACUGUGAGUAUUAUUCCUGUGGAGCUCUGUUAUACACCCAGACACACAAACAAUAUGGAGCUCCUAGAAAAUACAUAUUAAGAUAGAAAAGAGGGAAAGAUGGAAUUGGGCCAAAAUAGGGACUGACCCUAGCAAAUAGGGACACUUGGUAAUAAAUAAAACACAGGGCUCCAUAGCAUUAAAACACACAGCAAUGUGUUAUGUGUAGGAAUUAAUUGUGGUUUUCCACAGCAAAACAAACAGACAGAAUGUGCAUAAGCAUACCCCAAAUUGAGACAGAAAUGGCAAAUUUCAGAUCACCGAAGCACUGUUUUGUUUUCCACUUAUUCUUUUUGUGCCUAAGAUAAGAAAAGUUUAGUUUCCAGUUUUUCCAGUUCCCAGUUUAGUGAAUUAACAUUCGUAAUAAGUGGCAUGAACAUUGCACAGCAGUAAAACACAUACAGGAUUAUUCAAUAAAGUGAGAACUAAAAAGUGAUUUUCCAAUUUUAGGCCAAAGUAGUCAAGCUGGAAGCAUAACUGGCUUAGAGAAUUUUUCCAGUUCGGUUGUUUUUACCUUGAAUUUCAAAACAGGGAGCUGGGGGAAAUUCCAAAUCUAAAUAGUUAGUACAUAGAAAUAGAAUGCACAUUGCCAUGUGGUUAAACUACGUGAAAUCUGUUUAACCCCUUAAGGACCAAACUUCUGGAAUAAAAGGGAAUCAUGACAUGUCACACAUGUCAUGUGUCGUUAAGGGGUUAAAGGGACACUAUAGGCACCAAAACAACUUUAGCUUAAUGAAGCAGUAUUAGUCUAUAGCUCAGGGGUGCUCAAAAGGUAGAUCCCCAGAUGUUGGAGAACUACAAGAACAGUUGCUUUAGAAGUUUCUACAUCCUGCUCUGUAAAUUGAACUUUAAUUACACAAUUGAGGCUCCUGCAAGGUCUAGCAAGCUAUUAACAGAGCAGGAGAUAGGAAGUUCUAAAUUAAACAGAAUGUGCAACAAAAGAAGUUUGAACAUUAGAUGACUUUACAGAAAGUGUUUAGGAAGGCUGUGUAAGUCACAUGCAGGGAGAUGUGACUAGGGGUGUAUAAGUGAUUUAACAGCUAAAUUUGUUUUGGUACCUAUAGUGUCUCUUUAAGUAUGACAGGCCUAUGUCACAAAGUCGCUCAAAAUGGUUAGUGAUGCCCCCCCAUUGCCAUGUUCCCUAAAGGUGACACAUACGAAAUAUAGGGAGGUAUGCACAGCAUGUAAACCGUACUUGGGAAUCAAAUAUCCAACCUUUUUAUAUCCGUUUGAGGUUGCAACAAAUACUGCUGCGUCUUGUGUAAUAUCUGCAACCCCCUCUUCCACCAAUGCUGUAUUCUCAUUAUUAGAUCCCUUGCUUAUUUUGUAGCCAGAGUCCUGAAAUCAGAAUUGUGCCAAAAUGCUUGUCUCAGGGAUUGGGACUGGUUCUCAAUAAAAAAGGGUGGGUUUUAGCUGGAUUGCAUUAAGCUAUUUUACGAGGGUGUGUUAAUAUAACACAGAUUCCUCAGAUGUGAUGGUGAAACACAGAGGUUAAUAUAAAUGGGUGUUUGUCUAUAAAGGUUUCAGGUCAGAGCUAGCUUGGAUCAAAAGACAUACUGUGUUACAGGAGAGCAGCACUCACUUCGGCAUUUACUUGCAUGGUUUUUAUUUUUUAGUUUUAGUGACAUACUUAUGGGUGAGCUGAGGAGGUGCAUAAAUGUGAAGUGCACCCAGACGACUCACAUACGAUUGAAGGUGGAUUUACACAGUCUGCAGCUCCUGUCGAUUCUUUAUAUGUAGUAGCCCACCUAGCUAGCUUGUCAACAACAUAAAUGGGUGUAACGUGAACCCAGUCUGUUUCUUUCAUCAGCCCUCAUUUAGUUAAAUUGCCCUGUAUUGUAACUGUCACAUAUUGUCAUUCAGUCACAUACCUCCAUACAAUCACAUGCCUACCUAUAGCCAAACCCACCCCCACUUGCCCAUUCUGCUACCCAUACUAACCCACCCUGUCACAUCUUAUCCAUCAACCAUUUCCCUGUUCACAUACCCCUGACCAAUUAUUUAGCUACACCUACCAAUCCUCCCAGUCGUAACAGCCUGUAUAUAUCCACCAACACAGCCAAAUUUACAUAUCGACCAACCAUUUCCUAUAUACAUUAUGCACAAGCUCACAUACACACGUUAUAUACAGGUGCACAUACACAAAUGACAUUUGACAUCAAAUAUACACAUUUGUAAGAAAUCUCUCCUUUAGAAUGCUUUACGAAAUGGAAGUGGGUUUCACCAACAGCUGCAGAGUUAUGGUUUAACAUCAUUACUAGUGAUGAUUGUUUCCUUGAUUUUUGAGGGCUACGGCAUCGAUUUAAUAUUGUGAGAUAAGCUUUCCAAUUUCCAAUAUUUUUUUGCUAAACUUUUAAUGAUUUUUUUUUACAUAUUAAAAUAACACAAAAUAUAACAUAUAUAAAAAAAAUGUAUUUAUAUAUAUAUAUAUAUAUAUAUAUAUAAAAAAAUCUAAAUAUUACAAAAUGUAAAUAUUUUUCAUAAUAUUAAAAUUGUAAAAGUUUACACAAAAAUAUGAAAUCAUUUGGAAAUCUUAUCCAAUGAUAUUAAAUCGAGAUUUAUGAUACCCGUUAUUGUGAAAUGAGUAGGUCAUAUAAAAGGAUCAGACUUAUAGACGGGGGGAAAGAGAUUUGGGAAGGAAACAGCAAUUUAGUUGCAUCUAUAUACGGGACUGAAAAGACUUGCACCUAGGUGACGUGAAAGACAUUUUUGUUUUACUCCUGGAUGUAUUAUAGAAAGUCUCAUACCUAUAUAUAAAACCACGAAAGCAGACACAGCUUUUUAAACGAGGGCACAUCUGACAUUGACUUUCAAUACAUAUUUUUAUUGUAAAAAUUUACAAUAAUUUAGCGUAAAAUGUAGAGUAAAACUUCCAUGUGUUCAUAAUUUCAUAUAAAGAUUGUGCUAGCCAAACAGCUAGCAGGUAUAUUGAUACAGGGUCAUUUAACAUGACUAUAAAUAUAGAUUCCAAGAAUUCUGUGUGCGUAACAAGUUUUCUUUAUGGUGUACAGCACCAGCUAAUGUCUAGGAUAAAUGAUGCACUAGGAACAAUAUAGUCAUCACAACAACUUUAGCUUAAUGUAGCAAUUUUGAUGUAUAAAUCAUGCCCCUGCAGUCUCACUGCUCAAUUCUCUGUCCUAUCAAUUCUCUAUCACUUUUGUUUCUGUCCUUGCAGCCCUAGCCACACCUGCCCUGGUGAUGUUAUUUUCAAUCAGAUGAUACUUACUUUAGAAGUUUUUCUAUUCUGCUUUGCAAAUUGAACUUUAAUUUCAUACAGAGGGCUCCUACAGGAUCUAGCAAGCUAUUAGCAGAAAAGGAGAUAAGAAAUUCUAAAUGAAACAGAAUUUACAUUAAUGGAAGUAUAAACAUUAGAUGACUCUCUACAGGAAGUAUUUAGGAAGGCCGUGUAAGUCACAUGCAGGGAGGUGUGACCAGGACUGCAUAAACAAAGUUAUUUAACUCCUAAAUGGCAGUGAAUUGAGCAGUGAGACUGCAGGGGCAUGAUCUGUACACUAAAACUGCUUCAUUAAGCAAGAGUUGUUUUGGUUACUAUAGUGUCCCUUUAACUAAAGAUCUCUGUUUCCUCCUGCACAUGACUUUCUAGUGGAACACUCAUUGAGUUGGGUAUGGUGAGAAGUUACUGUGGUGCUUGUUUGUGUUUUACGUACUUGUAGUCUUUAUAACUAUGCCAGUGGCAUAGCAGUAAAAGCAUGAGUGGUAAAAUGCAUAUGGUAAAACAUUUCUAUCUAUAUAUUUAAUAGGAACUUGGCAAGGACAGUGUAUAGAUGCAACUGUAUUGCUCAUUAAAUUGACACCAAGUCUUGUUUGGCAUGACGAGUGCACUGUAAAUAGACUUACUGGCACACAAAAGUCUUCUUCACUUCCAUAUUGUAUUCUGCAUGUAGUCAAAAUGUAAGGAAACAUUGGCAGAGCUCAAAAGUUAAAAUCUAUCUGAAAUUAAUAGCAAUGUGUUAAAGGAAUGUGUUAUUGAGUUGAAAGUGGACAUACCUUUUUUUUUAAGCUGAUCUAAGAUGUCAAGAGAUCUUGCUGCUGAAUUUAGAAGAGUUUAACUUUGUCGUGGCUCGGUUCAUCUUAGAAUUCUGAACUAACCCUUUCUCAGAAUUCUGGCACAAAUCAGUGCUUUGUGAACUGACUCCAGUAGUUUUUCCAGUAUGUUAGGGGCAGGGAUGAUCUGAAACAUUUUACAUGACUUACUAAUAAGAAUGUAUGCAAUUAAAAUAUAAUUUAGAAGAACAAUGUUCAGUAUCUUGUUCACACAGAUUGAUUUUUAAACACAUUUCUUGUAGUUUAGAGAUAUAUUACUAUGUGUAUUAUUGCUGUGGAGCUCUGUUUUACACUCAGGCACAUCAGCAAUAUGGAGCUUCUAGAAAAGAGGGAUAUUAGGAUAGAAUAGAGGGACAGAAGGAUUUAGGCCCGAAAUAGGGACUGCCCAUCUAAAUAGGGACACUUACAUGCAUGUGUUCAUUUUGGUUUCAUAAUAGUUAAAUAUAGGAAAAAUUACCAUUGUAAAUGAGUGCUGAUUCCCUAAUCACCGAAUUACAAAAUCUGAGUCUAAAAAGUACAUAAAAAAAUAAAGAAAUGUAAAUGUAGGCAUGUUGAAGUACCUGGGAAACUUGAAAGGCAAACCAUCAGAAAGAUAUUAUACUGCAGGGUUUGUUAACUGAUCACAGAAUUGUUGUGACCUUUAAAGCACAACUUCAAAAAUUCAUAUAUAUGUUUUAAUACAUUUAAUUAAAUUGUUGGAAAAAUACAUUUCAGGGAGUUGGACAGUUAAAUUGCCUGAGACACGGGCAGCAGAAUCUCUGACACUGUAUGUGUAACUCACCCUGCCAGAUAAAUCCCUACUCUGGCAUCCAGAGAAUCGGGAUGCCGGUGGGAAAGGGGUAGAGGGGAAAGGUGUGAUGCAUCACUGGCUCUGCCCUUAAUAGGGUGAUCCUGCCCAGAAAAUGAGCAUGUCCCCCUUUCCUGGGGGACAGUGCUUGAGUGAAAGCACUGUCUGCUCUUUUAAGGCCAGCCAACUGAGGGCAGACCCAUCAGGGAGCCCUUGUAGGGUCUGAGUGCCCUGAACAAGUGUAAUAGCCCGCGCUAUUCUGAUUAGGAUUGUUCCCUGGUGUCCCCAAACAUGGAACACCAGGGAACUAAGCUUUGGCAGAGGGACAGGACCCGAAAAUUGGGACUGUCCUGUUGAAAUCGACAUGAUUGAGAUGCCCGAGACAUCUGGGGUUAGCAUGCUGUGUCUGCUGACAUAAAAGAAAAAAAUAGCAGAAAACUGAUAUUGCUAGCCAUGACUGCUAGCCAGUUGGCUUAUUGACAGCCAGGAACCAACCUCACACACACACAAAAAAAAGUAUCAAAUUUAGAUUAAUAAAUAACUUUGUGACUAUCAUAAAAACGCUACCAACUUCUAAAUAUUAUUCCAGUGACAAAUAGCUGGGAUCUUUAAUUUGUGAUAAGAUCACGUAGCACUUCCAGUAUCUACCUAGGUGAGUUAUAUUUUUACCUGAGCUCUCGUAUAAAAUAUAAUCAUGUCAUUGCUGAUGGUAUUACUACUAUGUAAAGCAGGACAAGGUGUGGUUCCAUCAUUCAGGCCUGAAUUUCAGGGGCUUGAACCAGUUUUACAAAUCUCUAAAUAGGAACGUUUCAUUGUGUCAGUCAGUGACCCAGCCCUGUCUGUUAUCACACACCCCUGCUUUGUAUGACUCAUACAGCCCUCUGAAACUUGGGCUUGCUUUUAUUUUGGUCCAGAGGAAUUUAAAUGACGCUCAUUUUAAAAAGACUGGGGUACCUCCAUUCCAGUUUCUAGGAAUAUAGUUGAAUAAUGACCAAGUACGUUAGACAUUAUAGCAUUAGGAAUGCAAAAAUUGUUAACACUACCUAUCUACCUAUUUUAGUUUCCCCCCGGCCUUGUGAGGGUUUGAAAGGUGAGAUUUACACUGAUCUCUGUCCUUCUGUUCUGCCUCUUUGGUGGUGUAGAUGAUCUCAGCCAAUCUAAUGUUUCCCCAUAGAGAAUCACUAGGAGGUUAGUGCGCAUGUGCAGCAAAAUGAGAUGGUCUAUGAGACCAUCUGUUUGAAUAGCCAAGUUAAACUUUUUUGGGUGGAAACGCCUCUAGUGGCUCUCAGUGAGACUGCCACGAUAGGAAUGUUAAUCCUACAAUGUUAACACUGGCGUUACUGCUAAAUGAAAAUAUUUCUUGUUGCAGGUUUAAAACUACAGUGACAUGGCACCCAGACCACUUCUCUGAGAUAAAGUGGUCAGGGAGCCUUCAGGAGUCUCUUUAAGUGAAAGCCAAUGGGUGAUGGUUAAAUUCUAUCUUUGAGUCAAUCUAUUUAUACUAGUUAUUAUAACUAUUAUUAUUUAUAUAGUGCCAAACAUAUUCCGCAGCACUUUGCAAUAGAAAACAAGACAGACAUUUGAUUCUAACAAAACAAGAUAAAGGGGUCCCUGCCCAAACAAGCUUACAAUCUAAAGAAUGAAUGUUGUAUGUUGGUGAACUAGUUUUUUUAUAAAAAGAUCUGAAACAAACUAUUAUAGCUGAACAAAAGACACAAAUGAGUUAAUGUUUAAAGGACCACUAUAGGCACCCAGACCACUUCAGCUCAAUGAAGUAGUCUGGGUGCCAGGUCCCUCUAGUGUUAACCCUGCCUGCUAUAAACAUAGCAGUUUCAGGGAAACUGCUAUGUUUAUACUAGGGUUAAUCCAGCCUCUAGUGGCUGUCUCACUGACAGCCGCUAGAGGCGCUUCCGCGAUUCUCAAUGUGAAAAUCACAGUGAGAAGACACUGGACGUCCAUAGGAAAGCAUUGAGUAAUGCUUUCCUAUGGGCGGUUUGAAUGCGCGCACGGCUCUUGCGCAUGGGCAUUCAGAUCUGACAUUGGCAGGGGGUGGAGAGUUCCUCAGCACAGAGGGAGCCCAGCACUGGGGAAAGGUAAGUGGCUGAAAGGUCUUAACCCAUUCAGCCCAGUGAGAGGGGAACCCUGAGGGUAGGGGGGAACUAAUGACCCUAUAGUGCCAGGAAAACAAGUUUGAUUUCCUGACACUAUAGUGGUCCUUUAAUAAAAGGUGAGAAACACUGAGUAGAUAGUAUUGCUGCCACCCUAUCUCUGACUCCUCUGACAGACUACAUUCCUGGGGCUUCCGUAGACUACAUGCCUCUGGGGUUUCUUUACAGAACCUAGGCUGCCAACAGUCUUAUUUAUAUAGUGAAAUUUACAAUGUAACUAUAGUAUAAAUAAUUCCUAUCUGGCUGUGGAAUUUGCAUUGUCUUUGUGCGGUUUUUAUAAACCAACCCAUUUGUUGGUGUAUGCAGAACGUUGGGCAGGAUUGGUUAGUGUGCAAAUGAUCACGUUGGUGAUGUCUAUGUAUCAUACAGGGUUACUUACUAAAGUGAGAAUUCAAAAUAUAUUUCAAAUUAAAGACCAGAGUAGCCAAACUGAAAGCAUAGUUGAUUUAGAUAAUUUUUCCAGUUCGGCUAUUUAGAUCUUAAAGGGACACCCCACUUUCCAAAUACAACAUUUUUAAAUAUUACUGUUUAGUAGAUAUACCCCAAAUAAAAACAUGCAUGCAUUUAAUUAUGUACUUUUUCAUUGGUGUUAUAUCUAAAAUCAGUCUGCAAAACCUGCAGUUCUCUUGUCUGCUGCCUUUGCAAGCCCUCCUAUUCUAACCCCACCCAGACAUUCUGUGGCUGUCCAAUCACAGACUUCCCAAUGCAGCUCAAUGAGAAGUUUCUGUAAGUCAGGUGCUCUGGGCAAUUGCUGCCUCUUGAGUUUAGCUGCAUUGAGCUAACAAAACCAGGAAGUAACAUUAUCUGUUAUCUGCUUGAAAGCCAAGUGGGUGCAGCCAGGUUACUUUAUAAAAGUAUUAAUUUCUAUUAAAAUCUGCACUUUUUGCAAAAUGAAAAAAGAGGACACACUCUUCACACAUAAAGCUUUUCAGCAAGCUAAAGUUGUUUAGGCGUCUGGAGUGACCCUUUAAAUUUAAAAUUUACUCUGAAUUCUUACUUUAGUGAAAAAAACUGAUAUUAGUGCACUCAAGAUCCAUCUUCACUAUGUGACCAACUGGGUUGGAAAUAAUAACUGGCUUUAUGUAUUAAAUGUUGUCUCUACAAGUAUUAUGUUUUGUUAUUUUUAUAAUAACUGCUUGGCUUGUUCAUUUAAGUCAGUGGAAUUUUAUCUGGUAGCUCAAUAGGUUUAAGUGAUACAACCAAAACUGUUUGUUUUGUUUUUUUGUCCUUUUUAACUUCAAGUUUAAAUGCAAUUGGACUCUUUAUACAGUCACUUAGGUUUAAAAUGACUUAUAAUGUAGCUUUCAAAACAAAUUGGUUCAGCUUAGAUAUGCUAAUCUCUAGACGACUUCACUUAGAAAACAUUUAAAGUAAGUCUAUAUGACCUCAUGAACAAAGUCAUACAGAUUUAUUUGCAUGAUGCCACUUUUUUUUUAUUUUUAAGUCUGUUUUUUUUUUUUUUUAAUGGGAUCUUUAAGAGAAAGAAGGACUGCUUAGAUUGCCCCUUAGAAAAGAAAACUGUUGUUUACCAAGAAUAUUAAUAUACUAAGUUCAGUAUCCUUAAAUCUAUUUGUGAGGAAUGAAGAAUAAAAUCAAAUGUAAAAAUCCACAUCUCUUUAUGUUGUAGCUGGGCGCCUCCAUCUUAGCUUCCUGUCAAUAAUUUUUAUAAGCUCCGUCUUUUGCAUCUGGCAGUCGGCCUAAACAAAAUAUACAGAGAAGAGUUUCUCUCAAUGUCUCUGUUUGUCCUUUGCCAUUUGCAAUGAUUGCCUUGCCCUGUCUGAACUGUAUUAUAAUGUUGUUUGGAUAUGGAUCCCAUUUAAAAGAAAAUGGCAUAUCUCAUGAAAAAGGCUAACACAAGUUCUAUGUGAUUGUUUUUAUUUUUAUUCAAUCGUGUAUAUUCCAAAGAAGUGACAGUUCACCAUUAAUAUUAACAUUUGAAUGAUGGAAACACAGAAAGAACCCGGGGAGAGGCUGGCUCACUGAGCUUCAGUCCCCUGGGGGAGAAAAACAUGUUGCCCCAACCGGGGCCUUCUCCGGCGGUGAGUGAGGCAGACGGCCGCUGCCUCACUAUCCUGCACCACAGAACCAGACCAACGGUACAGACCGGCGCGGAUCCGGCUCCGUUCCCCCCCCUAUGGACCGGGGGGGUGAUCCCGGUCCUCACCCUGCGGCCCUGAAUGUGACUCCACGACUGAGGCCGAGAAGCCCGACUGCUGCCUCCAAAAUGGCGGGCGUCUUGCACGCAGACAACAAGGGGAACACCUCCCACCUCCUCAUGAUCACACCAAAAACAGCUCCCACAUCCCGAUCCCACUACAUAGGGAAACGGCAAACACAGAGCCUACCCUUAUCACCCAAGCCAGCAACUAGAUGCAUGGGCGACCGGAACAAGCGGGAGUUUGCGGCUGCACCGGGAGGGCGGAACUCCUAACAGCAACCAUUCCCCGCCUGGGGUAACUGCGCCAGCUGCCCAGCAUGACACCUCUGCCGGCAGCACUCAUUUACCACUCAGCCUAUAACAGGAUUACCCCAAAAGCGGCGGACUCCCAUGGACAAAGCCCAGCUCUCACGCAUGGCGGACAUCAGCCUGCAGACAAGGGAAGACAGCAAACGCCAAGGCUGCAACUCGAAUGCACCCAAAGAACUAUGCAGGAGUCUAUGAGGACAAAGUACACUCUGAUGCCUGCUCUGAUGGACACUUGCCCCCUACCACCUGAACACAGCAGAAGAGGUAUCUGAUAAAAGCGGGACUACCCCUGUCUGAGUGGCCUUGGGACCACCAGGAUACCGAUAUCCCCCACACGGAGGCAGCUCUGGGAACUACGAUCCAUCAGGGUGACAGUUGCCCCACAUUGUGUAACCCCACUAGUCUUCAUAAUAUGACCUACCUAGACAUAGUAUAAAAGUUAAUCUAUAAGUUGUAUCUACCAGUGACCGCAAGUUAGCGCAAUGUAUACGGCACUCACAGCAACGUACACUCUUAUUCCACACUACAUCUUAACUGAAGUUACUGAACCUACUGUAUAGCUACAUAACUAACUAAGCCUGUUUACGUUUAGCCUGCAUGAUCUCUAACUUAAAAAUGAGCCACUAGUUAAGUCUACAUUACCUUGACUAACUCAUGUUGUAUCUACAAUACUGUUGCUAGCUUAAUCGUUAAAUAUAAAAUUUCAUGCUGUUUUCCUAAAUGAUGCAAGUAUUAUCUCUAGUAGUCCUCACUAUUACUUCACAUGUAUCACUGAAUGUACCGCAAAUCCUUGCAUUUGCUGUUGUGGCAAUGCAGGAUGCAAUGUAACCUCAUGCAUGUUCAAAAAUAAAGAAAAAAAAAAAAAAAAAGAAACACAGAAAGAAUGAUAAAAUAGUGAGGCUGCAAAAGAGAUAGACAGAAAGAUUGAUAGAUAGAUAGAUAGAUAGAUAGAAAUAGAUAGGUUAUAGAUAAGUAUAUAGAUAGAAAGAUAGAUAGAUAGAUAGAUAGAUAUAGAGGAAGGAUAUUACAUCCCAUCUGUAUUCACCCCCCAGACACAGAUGGAACACCUGGCUGAGAAGGGACGCUUUGACAUGUCAGCUGAAUUUUGAGAAUGAGGCCAAAAAUAUCCUGAAAUGCUGAGUUUAAGAUUUUUUUGUUUUUUUUCGUUUUUAUUUUUCCAAAUCAUAAGAUAUUCUGCACUUGUAUGGUAGAGGAAUGGAUGAGGAGAAUUCAAAAUGUCAUAUAUAGUUAUGGAGAAUAUAGACUUCACAUUCUGUAACAUUAAGAAAUACACAUUAUUAACAGUAGGUGAAUUAUGGGGAGAAAAAUGUUUUGUACUAAGCUAGUAUGGUGCCCAGAGGAGGCAAAAAUUAUUGAUAUUUUCAUUAAAUGACCACUGUAGUGCCAGAAAAACAUACUUGUUCCCCUUCCCGCCGGGCUCUAGGGGGAGGAAGGGGUUAAACUUACCUCUUUCUCCAGCGCCAGGCGGGGAACUCUCCUCCUCCUCCUCCCCGGCUGAAUGCGCAUGCGCGGCAUGAGCCGUGCCCGCAUUCAGCCAGUCCAUAGGAAAACAUUCACAAUGCUUUCCUAUGGACGCUGGCGUCUUCUCACUGUGAAAAUCACAGUGAGAAGCGCGGAAGCGCCUCUAGCGGCUGUCAAUGAGACAGCCACUAGAGGCCGGAUUAACCUUAUUAUAAACAUUUCUCUGAAACUGCUAUGUUUAUAGAAAAAAGUGUUAAACCUAGCUGGACCUGGCACCCAGACCACUUCAUUAAGCUGAAGUGGUCUGGGUGCCUAGAGUGGUCCUUUAAGUCUUCUGUAUGGACCUGAAAUCUGAAUAUACAGACAUAUUGGCUUCCAGUUCUUAGUGGAGCAGUUUAAAGGGUGAUGCCUUCAUUUUAUUGAAAGCUAUACCAUUGAAUAAAACAAAGAAAAUAACCUAUAACUUGUGGUUUAUCUUUUUUUUCCCCACGUGGUACUGCAUUUCCUUUUAAAUGUAUAUUAAAGAUUUAGCAAUUGACACCUCAGUUUAGUUCAGUCCUGGCAUGGCCAGAGCUCACUAUGCAUUGGAAUAAAAAAAAGAAACAUUGUCUUUGCUACUCUAUCUCCACAUACUAUAUUAAUUUACAACUGGAGGUACAUUGUAGCAUUAGGAAUACAUAUCUGUAUUCCUAACGCUACAGCCCUUCAGCCCUAAUGCCCCUUAUCAAUUAGGUGUCCCCCCCUUUGCUUCUCCCUUGGCGCUCCCGUGACCUCCUCCUCGGGUUGCGUCAUCCUGGAGGCAUGCCCCCAGUAUAAUGGAUCAACCCAAUGCUCCUCAUAGAGGAGCAUUAGAGAAGAAAGGCACAUGCACAGCUCUAUGGUCAAUCAUGACAGUACUGCGCAUGCACGCAUGACGUCGCUGUAUGUUACGGUAUGAGAGCUGGGAACUUGGGUAGUACGAUUCCCAGUUCUCAGAGGGCUUGAAGGUGUGUCUUGAAGCUGCACGUCCAAGCCUUCUAUUUAUUUAAAUAAAAAGGUUUUGGCAGGUAGAACAGGGAGGGGCAGGACUGCAGACACUAUAACAACUUCAAUAAGAUGAAAUUCUUAAAGUUCCUACAGUGUUCCUUUAAGGCUUAUACAAAGGAGUGACGGGGAUCCAAGAUGCAGCCAAUCACUUCCUGAACAGAAGUAAAUAUAGCGAUGAUGAUUUCUACACUUAAUUUUAGUUUUCAGACUUUAGAAACACAUAUUUAUUAAAUGUAGAGGAUAAGAAAACAUUAAAAUGCUAAAAUGCAACACCCUCUCCAUAUCCAAUAUUGGACAGUUCUUUUUGACAUCAGAAUGUGGCUAAAUCUGGCAGAAUCAGUCACUUUUUUUUUUAACGGCAGCAGCUUCUUCAAUGUUGAACCACAUAAAUUGUUUAAAGUUACUUAAAGGAACCAUUCUAAAAUAAAGGUAUAGGAUACUUUUUGGAUGGCACUGUUGUAACUUCUGCCAUGGAUUUCCACAGGGCGACUGCAAAUGAACUAUCUCUGUUGAUUGCUCGCAUGCAAAAAAAUGCUGACCAAGUGGAAAGAAAUAUCCUGGAAACCAGUCAAAAACUAAAGCAGGUAGGUACAUUGUAAUUUCUUCCAAAAAAAUAACAAACUGCUUUAAUUUAGUCCUGAAGACUUUCCAGAUUCUCAUCCAGUCAUAGCUGUUAUAUAUAACUUUCCUCUACUUUGCUCUCACUUUCCUAGAUCUGUCCAACAGAUUUCUCAAAACCACAUUAAUGCUUUAGGAUCCUACUUUCUGUCAAUCUUACAAAUUUUCCUUUCAAUCAUGUCCACCUCACAGAGCCCUGAGGAGUACAGCACCGUUAUCACAGUGUAAGGAUAGAUUACAUGUUCAUCUUUCUGCUUAUAUCUGUUUAAAUCCACAUCAUCUCAUUUAGUUUGUGCCAGUGCUUGGAGUCACCAGUUUCCGUUUCGGAAUUCCUUUUUGAGCAAUUUAACACUAGAUAAUGAUUUCUGCCUGUUCACAACCUGACCUUGACGGAGGUAUGGCUAAGGCAUUAGCUAAGAGAUUACAGUCAUACCAGUUCAUACCAGCAGUGGGCACUGUGAUAGGCUGAAUGUGGCCAGCUGACUCUCUCAGCCAAUCACAGCUGCCCAUUGCUGCUCAGGCUAAUGAUUCCUCAUUAAUCCAAGCAGCACAGAAAGAUGGUCUGAGAGUAGAAGGAUGUUGCAAGUGGACUCCAGACACUAUAGCCAUUUCAAUGAGAUAAAGCAGUUACAGUGCCUACAGUGUGCCUUUAGGCAGUGUAUUGUGUACAAGGCACUACAUACUCUCUGUUUCAAAACUCCAUGCGAUUUCCAUUAUACAGUGUUCCAAUACGUUCACAUCUGCUUAAUUUUUUUUAUAAUUAAAUUAGUUGUGAUAAUAAUACUGCUUUUGAAAAAAUUCCAAAGUGCUAGACAAAACACAUAAAAAAUGAUAUUCAUAGGAAGAUUUUAUACGGAGACUAAUUGACACAACAGAGGAUGAGUGAGGAUCCUGCCUAGAGUUUCAACGACAGAAGUCAAAUAUGUACAAGUGUGGCUUUGGGCCUGAAUUAGUUCAGUGGCUUUGUGGGUGGGAAAACGUAGGAUUCUGCAUGUGCAGAACAAGGCAGAAGAAAAUCAGCAGAGGGACAGACCUAACACUUGGGCCUUGAUUUUUUUCAAGUAAGUCAAUACUGUUGGAAAAACGUCAAAUUUAUUUAAUUUUAAAUAUUCAAAUUCAGAAGGUACCAUUAAAAUCUACAGGAAUUUUUGAAGAUAAAAAAUUUGGAAAGUUUGCUAACAGUAUUGAAUCAUUUGGAAAGCUUAUUAAACCAAGGCCUUAGUCCCACCACUUACGCAACCUAAAAUAUUGCCAAUUGGGAGAUUUUAGGCCAAGUGUCAAUGUGCUUUAUAGGAAACUUUAACCAGUUUACAGCUAAGGAACUCUUACUAGGGUGGUAGAUCCUAAAGCUACCUUGCAACCUCGUACGAUACCUUAGAAAAAUGUGUUGGCCAUUUAAUGAGUGAUAGGGCAAGACGUUUUAAUAUUUCAUAUGGAUAUCUAAUAUUUCAUUUCUUUUACGUAUAUCUGAUUUUAUCAACAAAUGUAUAAAAUACAAACGCGAAGCCAACUGAAACAUAGAGUUGUAGAAAAUAAUCUGUAGACCAAGACGGCAAGGUUCUAAUUGUGUAGGAGAAGGCGAGGGCUCAUCUUUGAAGAGAUGAGUUCAGGGCUGUGUGUGUUGGGUACAUCCAGAGGUGUGGACUAGCUUGGUAAGCGUACUGUAAGUGCAGGGAGGACAGUAGAAAGACCCAAUUAAUAAUCCUCUGUGAUUUGAUUGUAGGAUGCUGGGAAUUAUGCCAUGAAGAAUGCUUUUCAGCAUCAGCAAGAAAAUGCUAGAAGUCUGAAGGAUUCUGAGAUGCUGCUUAAGGAUCUAUUCUUGGAUGUGGACAAAGCAAAGAAAUACGGACAUCCGCAGGCAGGCGAAAUAGAAAAUGAGUGAGUGGCUUUGAAAUCCCCAAACUAGUGAUCAUAUAAAGUGAAGUAGGGUGAAAGAGAAGCCCUAUAGAUAGGAGGAAGCGAGUGUGAGAUUGAGUUGGGGAAGGGGUGAAAGGGUAGCAAAGAUUAAUAACAUAGAUGUGAGUGAAUGGUAUGGGAAGUCAUUAUAUGUACAGACAAGGUGGGCAAAGAAUGUUCUCUAGUCAUUCUAUGUCUAAUGAUUACGACUCCUUUUGUCAUUUUUCUCAAGCAUCCGCCAGCUGCAUGAACGAGUGAGCCAGGAGUGUUCUGAAUACAGAGAUGUGUAUGAGAAACUCAACCUUGUCCCUCCAGAGCCCACAGUGAACUGGCCACAGAUCUUGGACAGCAAAAAGGUACAUUUGGGAUUGUCUAAGAAACAUAUAAGUAUGGAUCUGAGCGUAUCAAAGCUUUUCAAAGCAAUAUGGUUAUUGAAUAAGGCUGUUUAUUUAAAGAGUUAGUAACCAAAUAUUUAUUUAAUGUUUUUAAAAAUUACUCACUUUUUAAAGCAGACUGCGGCUCCCUUUGCAGCCCUGCUCCAGGAAGCACCUCCAGUGGCCAUCUGAUGAGUGGCCAAUGAAGGUGUCCCAAGGGGGAAAUGCAGACAGUGUCUUUUCUAUGAAAAGAAAGUUUUUACAGCAAAAAACCUGCAGGCAGGGAAUAAUUAUACUCACCUAAACAACUACAUUAAGCUGUAGUUGUUCUGGUGACUAUAGUGUCCAUUUAACAUUGUUACACACCUCCCCCUCCCCCCGACUGUCAAUCAGACAACAGGUCCUGUUAAUUCCUGGUUUCCACAAGAGGCAGCAACAGCCCAGAGUACCUGCCUUGCAAAGACUUCUCAUUGAGCUGCAUUGGGAAGUCUGUGAUUGGACAGCGACAGAAAGUCUGGGCGUUGUUAGAAGGGGAGGGCUUGCAAAGACUUCAGACAUGAGAUAUGCAGCUUUUGCAAGUUGGUUUUAGAUAUGAACCCCCAAUGAAAAAAUGCAUAAUUAAACGCAUGCAUGUUUUCAUUGAUGUAUAUUUACUAAGCAAUGAUUUUUUGCUGUGUCCCUUGAAUGUUAUUCUUAUUUCGAAACAUAGCAAUAACUCUCCAAACCCCUUCAUGUGCGACAUAAGUCAGAAGAAAAAAAAACUUCCCACAAUAGAGAGCUAAGCAAUGUCCUUCUCACCAAUUAUUGAUGAACUAAAGUUUGCAACUUCCCAUACUUAUAGACAAAUACAGCUUAGAUACUUUUGCUUAAAUAAUAUACCUGCAAGAAGGAUACGUUAAAGGAAGGACAUUGUUACUCCAUACAUUCCAUUUACUUAAUACCUCCUACUUAUUUUAACCUCUGCAGCAACAAAUAAAUGAAGGUCAGUAUGGACCCAGCCUUGCCGAUGUGGAGCGUCAAAUCGCAGAACAUAAUCUGUUACAGCACGAGAUUGAUGAAUAUGGUACAGACAUACGUAACCAACCCCAGGUAAGGCAAUUCUGUCUAUUAGACUAAAUAAAAAAAUACCUUGAGCAGAUGCACUUUGAAAAUAAAAAUAUAAACAAAUACAAUUACUAAUCCCUUUAUAGCUUUCAUGUCCUAGUUACUUUUAAUGCCCCUAGUUCACUCCUCUGUACUUUAUGUCUCAACCAUCCAAUAACCUUUUAGAUAGUAAUCUUAUUAGAUGGACUCUCAAUACCCACUUCAACACUGUAUUGAGUCUGCCAAUAAAAGUUAUGUUAUUAAUCCCUUUACUCAGUAUAUUUAAUUACAGCAGCAUUUACUGACGUAACAUCUAUAAAUGAUAAUAGUAAUUAAUUGUGCACUGGGCAGUAAUUAUUAUAGUUCGAAUGCUAUCAUGUUAUGUAGAAUGAAACAGAACAAACACACAAUGGGAGGGAGGUGUUAAUCUGUGUUUUGGAGCACUUGCCUUAAAAUGUACCCCUUUAAACCCUUAAGGACACAUGACGGAAAUAUUCUGUCAUGAUUCCAUUUUAUUUCUGAAGUUGCGUCCAUCACAACAUUCAGUUCCCGAACAAAUUAAAAUAAAAUUACACAUUCUAUUUUCGGUGCUGGUUGUGAUGACAGAAAAUUAUAUUUGGUACCUAAAGAGUUAAAAAAGGUAAAUACAUUUUGGAACUGGAAGGAGACACGUGAACACGCUUGCUGGCCUUGGAGCUAAAAUAACUCUGAUGGAUCUAAGCUAUGUAUGCUUGCAAAACCUCAGCUUAAAAACUGGUUAUCAUUCAAUAUCAAACGUUAAAAAUAUAUAUAUUUUCAAAUAUUUAUUUUGUAGUGUUUUUAUUAGUGGGGUUUGAAUAUUGUUACUAUAUUGAUUAGUUCAUAACACACGUAGUUCACUGACUGUAUGUAAUGCACCUAUGCAACUAUUUUCUUUCACCAAGCCAAUUCUCAAGCUUUGACAUGUACACAUUUUUACACGUGCAUGACUCCACAAGCUCCACAGCUGAGCAAUGCUGUAGACUUCCUCUUCUAGCCGAUGUUCUCAAAGCAAUUUUAAUUACCAGUCUGGGUUGUAGUACUUACUGUAUACAUUUUUUGUAAGAAUAGCAGUGAGCUCUUUGCCACGCUCCUGUCUCUAUUCAGGCACAUUCAGAGUGAUGGUAUUGGGCACUAGCAAGUGAACAUGAAACACAUGUAAGAUUUGUGGCUGUAGUAUUUGGAAUGUCAGAAGCUGGACUCUUGACGACGUGCUGGGAAGCAGUCAUUCUUUCGAUCAAACCCAUUGAGGUGACCCAUUGCAUGUUCUGAGAGUCCUUAAUGAUGACAUUAGGGUUAAAGGGACACUAUAAGCUCCAAAUAACGUUAGCUUAAUGAAGUAGUUUUGGUGUAUAGAUCAUGCCACUGCAGUGUCACUGCUCAAUUUUCUCCCAUUUACAAGCUAAAUCACUUUGUUUAUAUAGCUUAGUCACACCUCCCCUGCAUGUGAUAUACCCAGCGUCUCUACAUAUUUCCUGUAAAGAGAGAUCUAAUGUUGAAACUUUUAAAUUUCUUAUCUCCUGUUAAUUGCGUGUUAGAGCCUACUUUGUAAUUAAAGUUCAAUUAGUAGAGCAGGAGAUAAAAGCUUCUAAAAUAGACACAAUAUGCUGUAAAGAGCUGAUUAAAAAUUAAACCUUUUUUUUUUUUUAAUAUUGCAGGCUAUGUGAGUCUCACCCAGGGGAGAUUUGGCUAAGGCUGCAUAAAGAGAAAUAAAAGGGAUUUAACUCCUUAGUGGCAGAGUCUGCAGGGGCAUGAUCUAUACACUAAAAAUAUAAUAUGGUGCCUAAAGUAUACCUUUAAACCAAGGUUUUGCAGCUGUCCUGUUCAAUUUGAACAUUUCCCUGGAACCCUAAAUGUGGGACGCAAGAGAAAUUACCUGGGAAGGAGAGACAUGUGUUCCAAAGUAUCUGGGAUACAAAAAUAGUAUAUGUUAUUUCCUAAAAGCUCUGGGCAAAUUUUACGGUGUUCAUCUUUGAAGCUACCUGUGCUCCAAACAUUUAGGCAGACCUGCUGUACAGACCUGUUUGGAUUGUAACUAUUUAGACGUCUUCAUCAGCAAGGUAGACAGACUGCCGUAUACAUCGUAUGAAAACACAUGGGGUUAUUUACAAAAACAAAGUUGGCCAAAAGCAUUAUUUUUUAUAACUCUGCGGACGAUCUGUUUCUAGCAGUAAAUAAUGUACUAAAAACCUGUUCUGCUUUUAUGUUUUAUCUAAUAGGGAAUUAAGAACCAGUAUCAAGAUGUGAAGGUAAUUGAAUCAAAUAUAUAACAAAUAUAAUAUAACUUUAUUUUAAGAGCAGUAUUUAAAUGGACACAGCUGCUACUUGGGAGUGUUACUCCUACUAAUCUCAGAUCUGAUCUCAGACAUGUGUGAGAUGGCUGAGAUUUGGGUCCCAAGGAUCUGUUAAAUACAUGGAAUAAUUGCAUGGAUAAUGUCACCAUCUGUUUUAGUACAUGAUCUGCUCUUUGGAAUAACGGGCAGAUUAUGUAACAAAUACAUGAGUUAAAAUAUGCUGUGGUUGGAAAAAUCUUUACUUAAAUCUUUACUUAAAACUUACAAUUCUCUUGUAAAUUCUCGAAAAUUCCUAGUUUAGAGAAUAACAAUUAAGAUAUUAAUCUCAAUUAUUCCCUUAUUUAGGCUAGAAUGCAGUGUCUUUUAUGCAAUAAGUAUGUUCUGUUUACAUUUUUCCUCUAUCGGGGACAAAAUGGAAAAAUGGAAACAUUCUCCAAGUCAGCCAUGCUUCCGGUUCAACUGACGGCAUUUUAAACUAUCUCCUUUUUUUGCUGUAUCCUACUUAUUUUAAAAAUUGAAUAAACUUCUCAAAUGUAAAAAAAGAAGAAAAAAAAGACUGACACUUUGAGCGAAUUUCAAAUGUAAGGAUAGCCAUCCAAAACCACAUUAGAUUGUAAUGACUAAUAUCUGGCAUCACCCUCCUGAUGCUGUGGAAUUUUUAACUCCUUGUUACUGAGCAUCAAGGGAACUGUAGUCCGCAGCAGGUUAAGUUCCAAAGAGCACUCAUCCCUACUAUAGGAUGGCAAAGUGUGAAAAACUAAAAAUACUUUAGGCUGGGUUAAGCAAAAUUAAACACUCCAGAUGUUGUGGACUACAUCUCCCCUGAUGCUGUGCCAGCAUUAUGGCUGCAAUGGCAAUAUGGGAAAUGUAGUCUACGACAUCUUCGGAGUGCCAAAGUUUGCCUACCCCUGUUUUAUGCAUUGGGUCUGUCCUGCAGUGUUUUUUUUUUAGAUAUAAUGAUUAUUUGUCUGUGUUUUCCUCGAGUACAGGAGGCUGUCACGUGGAGGGGUCAGUACCUCAGCAGCCUAUAUAACCACCUCCAUGGCUGCACCAAAGAGCUGCUCUACCUGAACGAAGAACAGAAUAGGAUCUUAAAACAGGACUGGAGUGACCAGAUACCCGACCUUCCCGGCACCCGCAGGCAAUAUGAGGUGAGUAGCAAGGGAGCCUUUACACGAUACACAAUUUUCCAGGUACUGUGAAGAGGGCAUUCAGGGGGCACCUGUGCAAAAUCACCCUCCUCAUACUAAAGAGAUUUGAGGAGGCAACAUGAGCCAAUGACCCAGGUGUAGCAUAUGGGCCAUUAAGACAUUUUAUACAAAAGCUAAGUAUAAAACAAAACAGUAUAUUUAGUCCUUGGGAACCCUCAUUGAUGUCAGCCUCUAGUAUUGCUUGCUGCUUACCACAGUCCUAUUUAACCUGCCCCUUCUGCCCAAACAUUAGCCAAGCCUAUACUCACACAUAAAUACCCACAGACAAUACGGGUUGUUGAUUAGGGACAUGUCUUCCCUCAUAAACCAGUGGGCAUGAUGAUGUGGGUGUGUAUCACACAUACUUAUCAUGAUAGAGACAUUCAGGGAUCAGGUCCACAAUAACUUCUAAAUAAAAUAUUGACGUUUAAAUUAUCACACUUUUUAUCAAUGGCCAGAUUUUCCAAUAUUGCCUCAGACUCUGUAGAUCAGAUUUCAGCCUGUAACUAAUCAGCUGAAACUAAAGCAUAUUUAUUUAGGUUAUUACAUUCCCAUUAUAUCCAGGAGGUACAAAAUGUAACCUAUCUUCAAUUAGUUACCAAUGAUUUGUGAAUAAGCCCCAUGAACAUUCAGCACUGACCCAGGAAGCACCUCUAGUGGCCGUCCGAGUGACCGCCACUAGAGAUGUAACUAGGCAUAAAUGUAAACACUGUCUUUUAUCUGAAAAGGCAGUGCUUUCAUUAAAAAACCUGCAGGGGCAGGCUAUAGAUACUAGAACUACAUGAAGCUAUAGGGUCCCUUUAGGCUCAACCACCUUGACUUUGCAUGAAGACAAAUUAGAAUUCUGUCUUAGAUAUCUGACUGUAUUUGUUUUUUUUGUUGUUGUUUUUUUUACUAUUUUUCCAGCGAUUUAAAUCUGAAGAAUUGCUACCCCAGGAGGAAAAAGUGAAUGACUUACUGGAUGAUGGGGAUAGGAUGGUUGAACUCAAACACCCAGGAAGCAGCUGUAUCUUGGUAUAUAAAAAACAAAACAAAAAAACAUUGUUACGUGCAAUCCAGUAGGAUUGGUGUUUGCAUACAAAAUAAGUCUGCCAGAUAGCCCUGUAGCUUUCCGCUGUAUGCUUAUUUACUUAUUUGAUCUUUAUUAGGUUUUCGUAUUCAUUGACUAUACUAGGGUAUGGAUAGGCAACCUUCGCUCUCCAGAUGUUGUGGACUACAUCUCCCCUGAUGCUUUACCAGCAUUAUGGAUGUAAGAGCAUUAUGGGAGAUGUAGUCCACAACACCUGGAGUACCGAAGGUCGCCUACCCCUAGACUAUAGUGUGGGCCAAUAUUUCCCAAACUGAUUCCAUGUUAUUGUUUGUUGCACUUCCUAAUGCCACUUACUAAAUGUAACUGUGUCAAAUCGGAACAUUGCAAAGCAGAUGAAGAGGAAGCAUUACACAUCUUUAAUUUUUCUAGAGGCUUUUUUUUUUUGCUUAAAAAUUGCACCUUCCUGGUCUCAAAUAAAUCAGUCAAUACUUAUCAUUUUUACAGUAUGUGAAAAUAACAAUGUGAUUAUAUUUAAUUUUGUGCUACGCCCGUUAACAACAUGUGUGAAUCCAUAAUAAAUUGGAAAACAACAAGUGUGAUCACAUGAUCUCUAUGUUUCAGGCACACAAUGAGGCUCUGAAAGGAGAGUGGCAGAAUUUUCUAAACCUAUGUAUCUGCCAGGAAAACCAUCUAAAGAAUGCUGAGGAUUACAAGAAGGUGAGAAAGGUUCUCAGUAAAUAUGGGCUUCAAAUACUUCUAUGCAUGGAGCUACCACUAAUAUCGACAGGAGAAAGACAACUGAAUUAAAAUGGAAGCAAAAAAUAUUAUUAUAUAGGUGAGAUGUUGGCAGGGGUUCACGCAGAUAUUAUGAGUUCGCCGCCCAGCACCCAGAAUGGCUGUGUGAAAAGCCACACAGUCAUGACUCCCACACCCGCAGGGCCCCCAAAUAGGGCGAGAUUUACUUUUAAGGGGUUAAUCUAACAAAAAACUGUGUUUUAGUAAAACACUGUUUUUGGAUGGAGUAACCCUUGCUUGCAUGCCUCCUCCCCUUAAACUAAAGAAAUAAAACACAUAUAUUAAUUCCGCUGCGUGAGCUGGUGAUAUCACAUGUGCAAGCCUGCAAAUAGGCUCCAAACACAUCUGUUUGGAGGCUACUUGUGUGGUUGUGUGUGUGGGAUGCUGCCUGUCAAUUUGUGUUCCUGUACAUCAAUCGUGUUGCGUUAGAAUUAAUAGUUUGUCUUGUUUUGCCUAUUGUACAGUGCUGCAGAAUAUAUUGCUGCUAUAUAGAUAAUUGUAAUAACUGUGCGUGUGUAUAAGGAUGCAGUAUUAAAUGUGUGGGGAUGCCGCUUGUGAUGUGUGUGUAGGGAAGCUGCAUGUUGUAUUGCAUGUGUGGGGAUGCUGCUGAUAGGAUUGUGUGCAAAAAGUGAGGCUCCUCGUGGGUUUGCUUGUGUGAAUGGUGCUAUUUGCAGUGUAGUAUGUCAGCGUUGUAGUUUAUGUGGAUAUGGACUGUUGUAUGUGAGUGGGUAUAGAGGCUGUAGAAGGUACAGUGGGAAUAGGGACUGUAGUGUGUGCACAGAGGGAUUGGGUAGUGGGUGCUGGGGAGAUAGGGCCAGGAGGCAUAGGGUCUGUAAUGGGUGUAGGAGGGGAUAGGGUCUUUAAUGAGUGAUAGGGGCAUAAAGUUGGUAGUGGGUGCAGGGGGGCACAGGGAGACAUAGGAGAUGUAGGGAAGAGAAUGGGUGCUGAAAGGGCUGUGGGUUCAAUUGGUGCAGAGAAAACAUAGGAGUUGCUGUGUAUGCAGGGUUGCAUAAGGACUGUAGAGAGUGCAGGGGAGAACAUAGGGGCUGGGGUGGGAGGGGGCUCACGUGUUUAGAUGGGUGCUGGGGGGUAUAGGAGCUGUAGUGGGGGGUAAGAGUCCUAUCUAACCCACACAUCCUACAUGUGCUUCUGCCUUUUUCACCCCCAAACCCUGUCUCUACACCAGCCACCAUUUUCACUUUCUAAAAAGGAUUAAACCAUGUGUGUGCAGUCUCCAGGCUGCUCCUUAUCUUCUGCACUCUGCAUGCGGAGAGCACAGGAAGUGAUGUCACUUCCCAUCCCUCAGACCCUGCCUCUUCUUCUCACACAGAGGAGAUCAUAGAGUAGACCUGGAACAGAAAGUGCAGGAUUGCUGCCAGGUCUCUCUCAGAACAUACGUGUGUGUGUGUGUGUGCACAUUGAGGUGUCCGGGGCCCUGUCUGCCUCAGGCCAUGACCGACGUGCCUGAGUGGUCAGAUGGUCCCUGCAGAUUUGCCAGAAAACAAACAAAGUUAACAGAUUAGUGAUUAUUAUUGACAAAGCUGUUUUCUUACUGGCCAGACAGGUUAGGCAGAUGUUCCAGGUGUGAAGGGUUACAGGCUACUGAAUGAAUGAAAGAACACAAUAAAGUGUAAAAAAGUUUAAAGGUGGCUGGUCAAUGUAUUGUUUGUUUAAAUGGACACUACAGUCUCCCAGACCACUUCAGCUCAAUGAAGUGGUCUGGGUGCCAGGUCCCUCAGGUUUUGUAACCCUUCAGAUGUAAACAGUGCAGUUUCAGAGAAACUGCUAUGUCUACAUUUGGGGUUAAUCCAACCUUAACAUUUGGGGUUAAUCCAGCCUCUAGUCCACUUGGGAGCUGAUGUUGGCAGGGGAGGAGAGGUAAGCUGCUGAAGGGGGACCCUGAGGGUGGGGGCACCCUCACGGCACUAUAGUGUCAGGAAAGCCGCUUUGUUUUCUUGACACUAUAGUGAUCCUUUAAAAAAAAAAAGGGGGGAUGGGGGGUAAGGAUAUUAGUCAAUAAAUAGUUUGGGGGGAAAAAUUCAAGGUGACAGGUAAAUGCGGUAUUUUAAUACACAAUAAUAGCAAAUACAACAUAUAACAUAUGUAAACAAAAAUUACUCUGCCUGAAGAGGUUAUUUAACAGAUUCUGUACAGAUAUUUAAACAACAUGUGGAUGGAACCAGGAUAUGCAAGGCUGUAAUAUUUAGUUAAAGGACCACUAUAGUGCCCUGAGGGUGCCCCCACCCUCAGGGUCCCCCUCCCGCCGGGCUCUGGGGAGAGGAAAGGGUUAAAUCUUACCUUUUUUGCAGCGCCGGGCGGGAAGCUCUCCUCCUCCUCUCCGCCUCCGAUCCUCCUCUUCGUUUGAAUGCGCAUGCACGGCAGGAGCUGCGCACGCAUUCAGCCAGUCUCAUAGGAAAGCAUUUAUAAUGCUUUCCUAUGGAAGCUGGCGUCUUCUCACUGUGAUUUUCACAGUGAGAAGCACGCAAACGCCUCUAGCGGCUCUCAAUGAGACAGCCACUAGAGACUUUAGAGGCUGGCUUAACCCAUUUAUAAACAUAGCAGUUUCUCUGAAACUGCUAUGUUUAUAAAAAAAAGGGUUAAUCCUAGAGGGACCUGGCACCCAGACCACUUCAUUAAGCUGAAAUGGUCUGGGUGCCUAGAGUGGUCCUUUAAUAAAUGUGUUUCUCAUUUUACUGUUAUUCUGGAGUCAAGAAGGAUUCCUUCCCUCAAUUUGUUGGAAAACUUGAAAAUGCUUUGGAUGCGAGGUAGAGCCUCCAUGGAUCAGAUUUGUUGUUCCAGCUCAACCCACAGAUACUCAAUCUGAUUGAGAUCUGGGGAAUUUGUAAGCCUUGACAACACCUUGAACUCUAUGUCAUGUUCCUCAAACUAUCCCUGAACAAUAUUUGCAGUGUGCAUUAUCUUGCUGAAACAGGACACUGCCAUCAGGGAACACCAUUGCCAUGAAGAGGUGUACAUGGUCGGCAGCAAUCUCUAGGUACUUGUCAAAGUAACAUUCGCAUGAAUGCCAACACCCAAGGUUUCUUAGCAGGAUACUACCCAGAGCAUAACACUGCCUCCGUCGGCCUGCCUACUUCCCAUAAUGCAUUCUGCUGCCAUCUCUUCCCCAGUUAAUGAACACACACACCCGACGAUCCACCUGAUCUAAAAGAACACAUGAUUCAUCAAACCAGGCAACUUUCUUCUAUUUUUCACGUCCCCAUUGAAGGCUCUUUCGGUGGUGGACACGGGUCAUCAUGUGCACGCUGACCAGUCUGCAGCUAGUCAGCCCCACAUGCAGCAACAUGCAAUGUUCUAUGUGUUCUGUGAGUAUUCUAUCAUGACCAGCAUUAAAGGAACAAUAUAGGGACAUUAUAGUGUUAAAAACACAAUCUAUCCCCUUUGCCUGACCCCCCCAUUAAAUAUAGUAAAACCUUAGUUUUAUUCCAGUCUGCUGCUGCUGGCUCUUACCUGAUCUGUCUGCUUGGCUGACAUCAUCUAAAGUUAUGAUCUGAGCCAAUCACAAUGCUUUUCCAUAAGAAAGCAUUGGACUGUCUGAAACUGUCAAGGAGGCCGAUCAGGGGCAGAGCCAGCACAAACCAUACCCAGCCUGGCCAAUCAGCAUCUCCUCAUACAGAUGUAUUGAAUCAAUGCAUCUCUCUGAGGAAGGUUCAGUGUCUCCAUGCAGAGGGUGGAUACACUGAAUGGCUGUGCAGCACUGACCAAGGUAGCACCUCUAGUGGCCAUCUGAGGAGUGUCCAGUGGAGGUAUCCCUAGCCUGUAAUGUAAACACUGCAUUUUCUCUGAAAAGACAGUGUUUAUUGCAAAAAGCCUGAAGGGAAUGAUUCUACUCACCAGAACAAAUUCAAUAAGCUGUAGUUGUUCUGGUGACUAUAGUGUCUCUUUAACCCUUUAAGGACCAAACUUCUGGAAUAAAAGGGAAUCAUGACAUGUCACACAUGUCAUGUGUCCUUAAGGGGUUAAGCUUUUCAUCAAUUUGAGCUGCAGUAGAACUUCUGUGUGAUUGGAUCAGAUGGGCUAGCCUUCGCUCCCCACGUGCAUCAAUGAGCCUUGGGUGCCCAUGACACUGACGCCGGUUCACUGGUUGUCCUUCCUUGCACCACGUUUGGUAGGUACUAAACAAUGUAUAUCAGGAACACCCAACAAGACUUGCCGUUUUGGAGAUGCUCAGACCCAGUUAUCUAGCCAUCACUAUUUGGCUCAUCUCAAAGUCACUCAGAUGUUUUUACUUGGCCAUUUUGCCUGCUUCCAACCCUUGAAAUUCAAGAACUGACUGUUCACUUGUUGUCUAAUAUAUCCCACCCAUUGACAGGUGCCAUUGUAACUAUAUAAUCAAUGUUAUUCACUUCACCAGUCAGGGGUUUUUAUUGUUGUGGCUGAUCAGUGUAUAUAAUAUAUAGAGAUUUUUUUUUUUAUUAUUUCUCCUCCUUUUUUCCCCCUCUAUUGGUUACUUUUCCCCCACUUGUUAGGUGCAUUUGUGCGCCACUGGGUUUACAUAUGAGUGUACUGCAAAAUAUAUACAUAAUAUUUAUAUUAUGUGUAUACAUUGCAGUACACUGAUUUGCCAAUUUUCGCUCAAUUUUGUUCAUCUGAAUUAUUCGUAUAGACAAUAGUCAGACCACAUGAACGGCUAUCCAAACUAAAUUUUAUAUUUUGAGACUAAGUGAAUUUGCCGAAUUUCUCUACUGUGCACAAGUCUAGUGUACUGGACUGUAUGUUUUAAUGUCUGUUAGUGAGCAGAUUUGUAUUAGAUGGUACUAGGGCAAGGUGGAAGGUAUCCCUCCUCCUAUUCCUGGCCGCCAGUAACCGUAAAAUAUUAAAAGUACCACAUGAUGGGGGGCAGAGCCUAACCUUCAAGCUGACCAGACGUGAGGCGCUUGAGCUCCCUCAUAUUUGGCUGAAUUUCAGGUGUUUUACCCGGCCAGCUUGCUACCAUGUUAUAUUCUGUACACAUCUCAGGUCAGGGAUUCCCGGGCAAGCUGUAUGACACCUCUCCCGAGAGUUUACAGCACCGGGAGCCGGAGAAAUUCUGCUGUGGCCUGGGGACAAAGCAAGGGAGAAGCGAUCGAUCUCCUCGCCCUCCAGUUCAUGACUAGACCCGCUGCACCCCAAACCCCCCCUCCCUCUGAUGGAUAACACGGUCCCCUCUGGAAAGUUUUAAGCUGUCUUACGCAUACUUACCGCAUACUCAGAGUUGCCACCAGACCGCUUUUCGGAACUCAAAAAUGGCAGACACCCCUCUUGCAACCUCACAUGGCAUGCACUCAACCCAGAGGGCUAACCACAGCUCCACUGUGUACCUCUUGUCGCAGCUUGAUGAGCUUAUUCAGAGCUUCUGGUUAACACUGUAAAACCAAGAUACAACCAACAAACCUACUCUCUGACAGGAACACCAUGGAAGCGUGCGGCCGGAGACAGUAAGGCACCCUCGGUCGGAGACAGUAAGGCACCCCCAGCCUCAACAAGGUUCUGUGGAAGCAACCGAGACCCUCUGCUUACCUACAUAGGCUGAGUGCUACCUGAGGCUUACCCUCUGUGUAUCCGUGAAUAAUUCCAUAAGGCUGAAUUUUUACCAGUAGGAACGGUUUACUUGCUGGUACUGGAGUACAGUACACCAGCUAUCACUCGAUACCUGGGGGCUCCCCUCUAUAAGCUGGGGCCAGAAUUAGUAGCCCCAUGCUGACAGAUGAGUGGCAGUGCUUAAAGUGAGCACUACACAAUGCCCUUUAAAUUACCAUGGUGGAACUUUUUGUUUAUUGAUAUGCGAUAGUACAAUAACAAGUAACAGGCUAUCAGCAGUUUAAUAUGAUUUUACAAAUUAUGAUGAUCAAUCUGUGGUUUGACCAGAAUCUCUGAGUGAUUGUUUGUGUGGAAAUGUAAAGCCUGACAAUGAGCAGAGUGAUUGUAUGAGGAUGACAAGUUGUGAAAUGUGACGGCCAAUCAAAGUGAAAAUUAUUUUUGUGAAAUGUGAAGGAGCAAUAAAUGAAUACAGACAAUAAUCCGUUACCCUCUCAACAGUUCCAGGAUGAAGCUGAUUCUGUAUCCGAGAUCAUAAAAAACACCAACCACAAUCUUGAAACCAAAUACAGUCAACCCAACCUUAGCAGCCCAACUGAGCUCCAGCUACAGUUAGGCAAGGAUGAGAAACAGCUCAUACAGGCUGAGAAGACUUUAGCUGGCCUCAAACAGAAGAGCCCAGAGAUUGUGCCUAUUAAACAAAGAAGGAUCAGGCCAAAACAACCUAUGCAGGUGGACACAAUAUGUGACUGGGACUCGGGAGAUGUAAGUUCAUGAAAUGAUGUGACAAGUUACUAGUUUCACUUCAAAGACUAAAUGAAUGACAUAUACAUUCUAAUAAGUGCACACUUAGACCCUUUGGCCUUGAUUUAAUAUUGUUGAAUAAGCUUUCCAAAUGAUAUAAUAUUUUUGGAUAAACAUUUAGAAUGAUUUAUUUAAAAAAAGUUAAAAUAUCAAAAAAUAUAUCAUAUAUGAUCAACAUAUCAAUAUAUCAAAAAAUACAAAAUUAAAAUAUUUUUUUUAAUAUUAAAUCCUUUUAAUAGCUUAUCUAAGAAUAAUAAAUGAAGGCCUUUGUUAGCUGGACAAGCAAGCAAUGCAUUUCCUAAGAGAGCUUGGUUUAAAAAGAUGAUCCUAUAAUGUUAUAACCAACGGCUUUAUUUUAGGAAAUGAAACAUGUCUGUUGCACAGGUAGAAUAAAUAAUAUUUAGCACAAAAAAUGCAUAUGCUCUCCAGUAAUACCUGUUGUUGGUCAUCAAUAUAAACCUUGAAAUGCGGUAGUUCCUCACCUCCUGACACUGGUAAUCUAAUCUCAACUUGUUGUCAAUAAAGUUGUGGCAACCAUCCUCAAAAUAACCAACAAGUACUCCCAACAGGUCCAGCUUACGAAAGGGGAAACCUACACUCUAAAAGACAACAGUAAGAAAGAAAGCUGGGUUGUGCAGAGUCCUGACGGAAAGACUAUAAAUGCCCCAGCCACCUGCUUCGUGAUUCCACCCCCAGACUUGGAGUCGAUUGAUAGGUUGAAGAGGUAAGUGUUUAUGGAAGAGGACAGAUGAGAUUGACGUAUUUACUCUGCUAAUUGGGGGAUGUUAUUCCUCUCUGUAUUCUAUGUGAGUUUUGGAUUAUGAUGUCUAAUAUUUUUAAUGUUCAGGUUGGAAGGAGAUCUGAGUGAUGUAAAGAAGAAAACAGCAGCAGUGCAAAAUACCCUAAAAUCUAGCACUCGCGAGCCUACUAGACCCAACCAGAUGGGUAAGAUAUGAGAGCAAUUCUGUGAAUUCCUUUUUUAUUAAAACACAAACCUAGGUCUAUGUUAAAGAAAUUCAAUAAAGGGACCAAUAUAAUGGCAAAAAUCACUUGCAAUAUAGGAGAAGAUGGUAUGGUGCUGAAAUAAUGGGAAAGUGGAACAUUUUGUGUAAUGGUAGGCUAGCAGCAUAUUACCACAUGGCAGAUGGUGUUAAGUUCAGGUUUGCUUACAUUUACGAUCCUUACUUGAGCUAUAUCUGAGAGCUCAUUUAUUCGCAAUGUCCGUACAGCUCCUGUUAACGCUCCUCCGAUACCUCCAGCAAGGACAUCUAGCGUACCCACUGAAGACCCUCAAAGUGAACAGAUUCUCAAAAAAUUGGACAAGAUCUAUGGAGACCUACAAGAUACUGAACAGGAUGUACUGUCAAGGUUGCGUUCACCUGUCAGCCGGUCUUCGCCUAGUCAGGACAUUACUGGGAGGCUGAAAGACCAAGAGGUGAGAUAUUCAAAUAGGGUUUAAAGGAAGUAGAGUGUGGGAAGUAAGAAUGUUGGGGUUAAUAUCAAGAAAUUGUAUUUUUGUGUCUGAGACUUUUCAGGGGUAGCUACUGGUAGCUCUCGGGAUGUUAGGGUAGUACAUCUACCAUGCUGUAUUGCUCUUUUUAUUCAUGUGCAAACCCUGUACAUUUUGAAUGACUUUCUUGCGGGACUGGUAUACUUUGAUAAUUUUUGAAAGACAAAUCUAUUAACGAAAAAAAUUGAAAUUUAUAUACACAUGACCCCAAAACUGUAUAUAUUUUUAAUUGGUUGUCAGCCAUAAAAUGACAUUUCAGAAUUAUCAUAGAGUUUGUCAUUGUAAUCUCAAGUAAAUUUUUUUUUCUUAGGCAACUGCUCGGAAGCUGCAGGGUAUUGCAUCCGAUAAAGAUACAGUUCAGAAAGAAUGUGAAAGCUUCCUGUCCAAGAAGCCAUUGGGCCCGGUAGCCUCUCAGCUCCCAAGUUCCCUGACAAAAGUCAACAACAAAUACAACGACGUCAAGGCUUUGACAUCCUUCUAUGGAGAAGAGUACGUAAGAGGACAAGAAGAGCUUUGUGUUAUGUUUGCUGUUUCUAGAAUGAAGCUGGUAGUCUGUUGACUCAAACUAGUUUUAUGGUCCUCACUCAUCAUUUUAAGCAAUUUAAGAAUACAGAAAGUUGUAGUUAAUAUGAUAUGAGCUGACAAUCUUGCCAUAGGAUCAUUGGUUCUAUAACCAGUCAGCACACACCCCUUAUUGGUUCUAUAUUUAGUGAUUUUAAAUUUUUGUUUCAAUUGGGAAACCAACUAAAUCUGGUCCAUUGGGCUUUAUAACGGUCUCGUCAAAUGAACCCUGUAAAACUUCUUAGAUGAUUUCAACUUUCAGAAGAUGCCUUUCUGCUCAUAAUAGGCAUACUUUGUUUAUGAGAUUUUAUAAGUAGAUCCUUCACUGUUGGGUGUGUCCAAGGACCAAAUUUAAAUCGUAUACUGUAUUAAAGCAACAGCCCUCUUAACUAUGAACUACAGUUAAUACGACCUACAAUCAGCCAAAUUAUUGAUAUUAUUAUAAUUAUUGGCAUUUAUAUAUUUUUCCACAGCGCUUUACAAUAUCAUAAAGGGGGUAAUUUAAACAUAAAUGAGACAACUACAAAAUGUUACAGGAAAAAUGGGUUGAAGAGGACCCUGCUCAAACGAGUUUACAAUCUAGAGAUAAUUAAUAGGGAAUAAUGAUCACUGCUUCAGAAUGUUCUGUCACUCUGGCAAUAACCCAGGGUAAGGAAAUUAUGAUUUUCAACCAUGAUAUGUGUGUACAUCUUGUGCAUCUACAUUGUCAACUUCACAUUCAAGGUGGCCUUAUUAUCCAUCACACUCCAUUUAAAGAUGAUUUUUUUUUUCUUCUACAGAGCUAAGGCAUCCCUAAACCUGGAGAAUCAGAUCACGAAGACAAAUGAAAUGAUCAGUGGAUUUGAAGGAAGGCUGGUGAAUGAUGGCGUUAUUCCAUAUUCUCCCAGUGCCCUGCAGGACAAAGUCACUGAGAUCCAGGUAAGAGCCAUGAGCAAUGUAGAACUCUGUAAUGAACAAACAAGUGCAAUUAGUUGAGUUCCAAGUCGAAUUUUGGAUGAAUUUGGAAAUUCAGAAGCGUCUGAGUUUAAGAAUUCCCACAAACCAAAAACAAAUUCGGUAUGAAUUAAAACAAAAAUUUUCUGAUCCAUUUUUUUUCAUAAGGAUAGCAAAUUAGGACUUAUCUAUUAUGCAAUUAAAAAAGCAAAAUCUCGAAAAGGGCAUUUGUUUUCUUAAUUUUGACCUUUCAGUUGUGUAGUAGAUAGCUCCCUAAUUUUGUAUCUUUCCGUGGGAUUGCAAUAUUUAACGGAACACACGAGGCGCUGUAACAACUUCAAAAUUAAGGUGUUAUGGUGCCAGGAAGUCUCUAAUGCUUGCUCACCUUUAGUGGUUAAAUUGUUCUAAAACUGUUUAACCCCACCAUCUAUGUUCUAUCGCCAAACCUCUCUGCCAAUCUGUCCUACCGAUUGCUCAAAUUCUUCACACCGGAAGACCUAGGCAGCAUCAUGCAGGGGUGCUGCAACUCAGUGACUCCACAUUCAUAAAACUGGGUUGAAAACGAAUGUAAUGGUGAGCCAGAACCAGGGACAUUCUGGCAUCAUAACAACUUUUUUUUAAUCAUAAUUUAUGGUGCCCAAACUGAUCCUUUAAGGGCAAUCCCACUUAAGGAUACCAAAUUAGGCAGCUAUCUACUAAACAGAUUAAAGGUGGAAAUUAUAGGAGCACUAUAAUGUUAGGAAUAAAAACAUGUAUUCCUAACACUAUAAUGUUGGGGUUGCAGUUUAGAUGUCCGGCAGCUGUCAGAAUGGGAUUUAAACAGUUUUUUUAAACUCACCAUAGCUGGCCCCGCCUCCGUGGCUCAGAUUAUCAAUCUUGUCAAAUACAGCCAAUCCAAUGCUUUGGCAGCAUUGGGAGGCUAUUGCACAUGCGCCGCAUUGAAUCAGUACAACUCUAUGUGGAGCGUUCAGCGUCUCCAUGCAGAACGUAGGUGCUGGACAUAGUGCAGCACUGAAAUAGGAUGCACCUCUAGUGGCCGUCUGAGUGACUGAAUCUACAGGUUUUACUUGGCAGCAAUGUAAACACUGCCAUUUCUCUGAAAAGGAAGUGUUUACAUUGUUGAGCCUGCAGAGGCAUGAUAUAGACACCAAAACCACUGUAUUAAGCUGUAGUGGUUCUAAUGACUAUAGUGUCCCUUUAAGAAAAAAACCCUUUUUAAAAAUGAGUUAUUUCACUUGUUUAGAAGAUAAGUCACUCAUUUUGGAAAUCCCACAUAAGUAUACCAAAUUAGAGAGGGAACUAUCUUCUAAAUAAUUGAAAGGUCAAAAUUAAGUAAUAAAGCCAUUUUAAUAAUUUUGACCUUCCAGGAAGCUAGUCUUAUAGUCCUUAGUCAUCAUUUUAAGCAAUUUAAGAAUACAGAAAGUAUAUUAGCUGAAAAACUUGCUCUAGGAUCAUUGGUUCUAUAACCAGUCAGCACACACCCCUUAUGGUUUUAUAUUUAGUGAUUUUCCUUUUUUCUUUUUAAUGGGGAAACCGACUAAAUCUUGUCAUAAAGGAUGGUGCUCACCAGACACAGAAAUGCAGAGGACUUAAGUAGAGUAGACACAGUUGCAUGCACAUUGAGGCCAAGUAUCCUCAUGCACACAAUGCACUGUAUAUAGUUAAAAAGUUAGAUCAUUUGGUAAAAAUACAUUAACCUUUUAUAGAAGAAUUAAAGGGACACUAUAGUCACCAAAACAAUUUUAGCUUAUUGAAGCAGUUUUGGAGUAUAGAUCAUUUCCCUGCAUUGUCACUGCUAAAUCAUCUGCCAUUUAGGAGUUAAAUCACUUUAUUUAUGCACCCUAGUCACACCUCCCUGCAUGUGACUUGCACGGCACUUCCUGUAAAGAGUCAGCUAAUGUUUACACUUCCUUCAUUGCAAAUUCUAUUUAAUUUAAAAUGUAUUAUCCCCUGCACUAUCGAUAGCUUGCUAGACCCCACAGAAGCAUUCUGUGUAUGAUUAAAGCUCACUUUAGAGAGCAGGCAAUAAGAACUUUUAAAGUAGGUUACAUCUAAUUGAAAGUUACAUUUCUAUUUCAUGCAUGGUAUGUGAGUCACAGCCAGGGGAGAUGUGACUAGGGCUGCAUGGACAGAAACAAAAGGGAUUUAACUCCUAAAUUGCAGAGAUGUAAGCAGUGAGACUGCAGGAUCAUGAUAUACUAAAACUGCAUCUUUAAGCUAAAGUUGUUUUGGUGACUAUAGUGUCCCUUUAAGAAUAUGGGGGUAGGAAGUCUGGGUCGCAAUCAGGGGGUGACAACCAUAACAGUUGUCACGGGCCCGGCGGCCCUGGGGGGCCCGGCCACCUGGGCCCCACGUGGAGCGGCGAAACUGCCGCAGGUGCAUCUGCACUGGGGCCCAUUGGGUGGCCCAAGCAUUUAGGGCCAUCCGAUGAGCCCUAUAUUUUCAGGGGCCUGGUCAGCACUGCGGCCGUGUAAUUGCGCGACCGGGCCCCUUUAAAACAAAUUGCGGCUACACCACAAGUGCUGCUGGGAGGAAGUGACGGCUGGUAAUAUGACAUACAAUGACAUGUAUGAGUAACUGGUAUUUGUGGUAUACUGGAGUGAUUCAAAUAAUUUAUAAAAAUUGAGCAAGGCCAUCAUCCCCUCUGUUCCUGCGCGUCCGACUCGUCUGGUUACAAUUAUGUGUUUGUUAGUCCCCCCAUUGUACAGUGCUGCAGAAUUUGUUGGUGCUAUAUAAAUAAUAAUAAUUGAAAAGUAUUUGCUAAGGACUGCUGGUACAGAUCUAGUGGAGAAGAAUAUGCAAACAUAUUGAUUUUUCAUUUUUUUUUGGAUACGCUUUUCAAAUGAUUUAUUAUUUUUGGAUACAUUUUUAAAAUGACUUUUUCCAAAAUAUAAAAAAAUAUUUCAGUUAUGAAAAAUAUAAAAUCAAGGUUAUAGCUGGUAUUUUGACUCUAAUGAUAACAAAAAUAGACGCUUGGUGCCGAUGAGCCGUGUAUGUUAUUGGUUUGCUCACAGAGUCUUUUAAUUUUAAAUUUUUACAUCCAUCUGUCUUCAUCACAUAGAAAACUAAGCGAGAACUUGUGAGCAAACAAGACAAUCUCUUGAAGCUGAAUCGGAGUUUAAAAGACACAGAGCUAGCAUGCAGCGCGUUACAAAGCAACACGCAAGAGCACAGCCCCGACCUCCCCCGCCAACGAGCAGAAGUCCAAAGAUUAAAUGAUCGCUACCAUGCUAUUGCUGACCAGCUUGAUCAGAGGUGAGAUAUGGCUGAACAAAAAAAGUCUAAUGUAAACAGUGGAAGUAAUGCCAAUUAUAAUUAAAACCUUAGUUAUUACUGACAUAGUUUGGUGUAAACAGUAAAACGUGUUGUUUUUUUUUUGUAAACAGAAGGUAAGGAAUUAUAUUGUUAGUUGGAUAGUUGACAUUGGUAUUCAUCAACAGUCUAUAGGUUAAGGCACAUUAUUAUUAGCUGAAUAACUGUCUGAAUUGGUUACUCCAAGCAUCAUAAAAAUUACAGUCUGCUGUAGCGUUUAUGAUGCAAGGAAUGCCCUGGCCUGGUUUUCUCCAUUUGCCCCUUUACCUGGCUCUCCGCUGGGCUUUGAUGCUCACUGGUGGUCCAGUGACAUGCAUCUAGCAUAUGCAGAAGCCAUGGUGGUCGACAUUCAUUGUCUGAGGGUGUCAGCUGACUGCCUUCAGCCAAUGACUGUCAUUCUGUGCAAUAGACAUUGCACAGAAUUUACAUUAGCUGGCAGUGAAUUCUAGUUCUAGGCUGGCUGAGAACAGCCCUGCGAUGCUGCUGGAGGUGGAGUUAUGCCUCCGGCAGCAGAGGGGUUAAUCAAAGCACGUGCAGUGUUACAAAGCAAAAUGCAGCACAUACAGACUCCAGGAACCAUGACUUCAUCAAAUCACUGAACUGGUCAUGGUGCUAGGAGAAGCCCUUUAAUAUUCCUCACGAUGUUGGUAAAAAGCAGCCAAGUCAAUGUGAUGUAAAACUCUAUAUGAAUAUUUAACAGUUUUUAUGUAGUGCUCUUGUCCAGAAGUUAUGAAAGCAGAACAUUGGUAAUUAUACAGAAUUUAGACAGAAUUUAAUAUGAAAGGAACAGAGGACACUGUUGUCUAGACAAUGAUUAAAGAAAUAUUAUCAUUUGUAUUCAUUGAGUGGUACUGUAAGGUAAGUGACAUUACAUCUUAAUCUAUUGCCAGAGAGAAGAUUUUGAGAGAUGCCAAUUUGCCGUACCAGCAAUUUAAAUCCUCCAGCGAGGGCUUGGACACCUGGCUUAAAAGUCUCCCAAGGAAUCAAGUGAACUCAUCGGAUAGUCCAAGCCAGGUCAAUUAUAAACUCCAGUCCCAAAAGGUGAGCAAAUCACGUAUGGAAGAUGUGUGUAAGGGACUACAUUCAAGAACAAAAAAAAUUCGGCCUUUCUGUAUACUAUAACAAUUUAAUCUGGAGUGUGGAAUUCUGAUGGAAUUGUUCACUCCAAUGAAGUAAACUGAAAAGUUCCUUAACGCAGCCUCUUUUCACUGACUUUUGAGAAGUAUAGGCUGAUGGACUUGGGCUCUAUUUUCUAAAGUAUGAAAUAUCGGCGCAUAGUUAAACUAGCUGGAUAUGUCAUAUCUGUAAUUUUUUUUUCUUCAUUGAAUUUUGCUCCAUAAUAUGACUACAGCAUGUGCUUUUAUUGAUAAAGACCUUUGCAGUUUUUGUAUAUCACAGAGUUGUUCAUUUGUAGCCUCGUUUGUUUCAUUGCAGAGGCUGGUGGAUGAGAUCCAUAGGAAAGAACCAGAAAAAAACAACAUAGUGAAAUUAUCCCAAGGCCUUGUGAAUACACUAGAAGUAAGUUGAUGCUGCUCUUCCAUGUCAAAUUAAUGUCUAUUUACUAGGCAUGUGCAUGGGAAAAUAUUUCACUUUGGCACUUCGACACUUCGGAACCUCGGCAACUUCGGAAUUUCAGAACUACUCUUGCAGCCGCUUGGUAGAUAACUCCUUAAUUCCCACGGUACCAAAAGGCUGAAAGACCUUGAAAAAAAAAAAAAAGGGUCCCCCCUCCUGAGCUGAGCUUAAAUUAGCAUGAGGGGGGGGGGACCUAAUGUCCUCCCCCUGGCCCCCACCCCUGAGUGGUGGGUGGGGGCCCUAAAUACUAAUUAGGGGGGGCCUAAUGUCCUCCCCUCUGGCCCGCACCCCUGAGCGGUGGGUGGGGGCCCUAAAUUAGCAUGGGGGGACCUAAUGUCCUCCCCCUGGCCCCCACACCUGAGAGGUGGGUGGGGGCCCUAAAUACUAAUUAGGGGGGGGGCCUAAUGUCCUGGCCCCCAGCCCUUAGCGGUGGGUGGGGGCCCUAAAUUAGAAUGAGGGGGGAGUACCUCAUGUACUCCACCCCUGACCCCCACCCCUGAGCAGUGGGUGGGGGCCCUAAAUACUAAUUAGGGGGGGACCUAAUGUCCUCCCCCCCUCAUUCUAAUUUAGGGCCCCCACCCACCGCUGAGGGGUGAGGGCCAGGGGAGAGGACAUAAGGUCCCCCACCCCAAUUAGUAUUUAGGGCCCCCACCCACCGCUCAGGGGUGGGGGCCAGGGGGAGGACAUUAGGUCCCCCCCCAAUUAGUAUUUAGGGCCCCCACCCACCGCUCAGGGGUGGGGGCCAGGGGGAGGACAUUAGGUCCCCCCCCAAUUAGUAUUUAGGGCCCCACGCACCGCUCAACAGUGGGGGCCCAUUAGGUCCCUAUUCUGAUUAUGGCCCACACCCGCUGCUUAGGGGUGGGGGCUGGGGGAGGACAAUAGGUCCCCCCUUAUUUUACUUUAGGGCCACCACCCACCGUUCAGGGGUGGGGGCCAGGGGGGGCAAUAGGUCCCCCUUCAGGUUAGAAUGGGGAGGGGGGAUGUUUUUUUUUUUUUUUUACAGUGAGCACUGUUUAAUAGACAUGCCCCUACUUGCGGUAUAGCGAGUAGGGGCAUAAUUUACUAAUACUAAGUAAUCUUUACUUAGUAUUAGUAAAUUUGGCUGAAAGACCAGUUUAGGUCUUUCAGUCUUUUGGUAGAUAGCUCCCUAAUACCGUUGGAAUUAGGGAGUUAUCUACUUAUUCAUUCCUGUCAUUACAUUGACUGGCCAAGUAACUUACAUUUUAUAUGAAUGUAUGUUACUUGAUUGUUGUAAGUGUUGCAAAUGCUUACAGCUGAAUCCUGGCUAUGUUUGUAUACUUUUUAUUUAAAAUUGUAUACAGUGUAACAUUCUUCUUCUUCCACUGGGUAAGUAUAUUAGUACAUAAGCAAAACUGUGCUUCGGAACUUCGUCAACUUUGGCACUUCGGUAAUUCGGCACUUCGACUAUUCGGACAUUCGGAAGUACCCAAAUGUCCAAAUUGCCCGAAAUUCGUCCGAAUACAUAUUCAGCCCGAAACGAAUUGCACAUGUCUACUAUUUACUGUUAGGACUUAUAUAAUUUCCACAAUAAUGGUUACAUUAUAGAAAUUGAAUACAUAUUGUCAUUUAAUGUGUAGUAAUGAGUGGAGCAAAGUGAAACACAACUUAAAAACAGUAGAGAAAAUUGUAUACAAACUCCUUGAAUGUUAGAUGGUUCUUCCAAUCAUUGAUUGAAGAACCAUCUAACAUUCAAGGAGUUUGUAUAUAAUUUUCUCUACUGUUUUUAAGUUGUGUUUCACUUUGCUCCACUCAUUACUACACACUAUUCCUUAUUGGUGGAUUUGGGGAUUACACCAGAGUGUGAAGCAAUUGUUUACACCUGAUACUUGUUUAGCACCCAGAUUUUCCUUUUUCUUUAUAUUGUCAUUUAAUAUUGAAACAUUAAUUCUCCAUUGAAUUACAAUGAGGCCCUUUUCAGUUCAUCACAUAUUAACAAAACAGGCCCCUGUAAUAUCGGAUCAGGCCCCUUUAAUGUCGGAUGCUGGGAGAUAGUGAGAGCAGGUGUCUCUAGUAUUCAUUUUUUAGGGGGGGCACAUGGUAGGCCAGGGACAAAAGUAGGGGGGCAGUUAUAAACCAUGUAUGUAUUUGUGUGUGUGUAUUUAUACACACACACGCUCCCUUAAUCCCUCUGCAAACUGCAGUCUCAGCCAAGUAGGUAAUGCGUCACACCUUAGAUGUAGCCGCACUGUCCAUUCAGCUUGCAUCUACCCCAUGGAUUUUUGAAUCUUUUUUGCCCCCCUACCAUCCAUGUCUCUGUUCCCCUCCCUUUCAUGUCUUUUCACCCCUCUUCUUCCAUGUUGUGGAUGUCAUUUGUAUUGUAUGCAGUGUGUGUAUUGAAUACAUUGUGUGUGUGUGUGUGUGUUUAGUGGAUGCAGUACCUGUGUUUGUGUAGUGUAAAUCGUGUUUGUGUGGUGGAUGCAGUGUGUCUAGUGGAUUCAGUUUCUGUGCAUGUAGUAUGUCUGUGUAGUGCAUGUAGUGUUGGAUAGGUGCUGGGGGUGAGCCGUUUAAAUUAAAUUGGGCUUAACCCCCUUCCCUGCCUCUUACAUGUUGGCUAGAAGGGGAGGGAUAGUGUGUAGGAAGGUGUCAGUAUAGCGGGGCAGUGUGUAGGAAGAUGACAGUAUAGCAGGGAAGUGUGUAGGAAGGUGACAGUAUGGGGUGCAGUGUGUAGGAAAGUGACAUUGUGGGGGGGGCACUGUGUUGAAAGGUGACAGUGUGGGGGGCAGACUAAAAGACAAAUUGCCCUCACUGAUACAAAACCCACUGACAGUCAUUGUCUCACACACUGUUUAACUAGCACACACAUUCACUGACAGACACACACUGAAAAUAACACACUCAGAGACACAUGCACUCACUGACAUACACACACGCACGGACAUACACACACUCACUGACAGACACACCUACUGUCAGGUACACACUGACAGUUACACACACAUUCAAUGACAAACACAGAGACGUCACUGACAGACAGACUCUCACUGACACACACACAUUCACUGAUAGACCCAAAAGCACUCAAUGACAAACACAGACUCUCACUGAUGUGACAGUCACUCACAGACACAUACAAAUUCACUGACAGACAUACACACACUUACUGGCAGCAGGGCCAGAAUAAGAGCACAGUGGGCCUGGUGUUGACAAUUAUGAUGGAGCCUUAUUACAGAAUCUUAUCGACCAAAAACACUAAAACAGUCAUACCUCUCAAGCGUCAUGUAUCUGAUGGAGAUUGUGUUGGAGGGAAACUCAAAGGAUGCAGCUAUAAGAAAACACAUACUCUAUGCUAAUCUCUCUCUAAUUUAUGCUUUCAUCUUUCAAGUAAAUCCAUACCCCCUAACAGCAGUGUCCAGUGAAGCAGGAAGUCAAUGGGCAGGGUAAAAAGGGUGGGCCACUGAUGCGAAUCACGUGACCAGAACAGCCAAAAGGGCAAACAUGCCCAAAAAGGGGGCAUGUCUGUCCAAAGAAUUGGAAGGCCAGCCUGGUAUCAGUGUCCCUAUGUAUCACAGUGUCAGUGUCCCCAUGUCGCCCAGUUCCUUAGUCUCCCAGUGUCUCAGUGUCCCCAUUUCCCCCAGUGUCCUCAUGUCUCAGUGUGUCCCGUGUCACUAGGAUACUAGGAGACACUGAGAAACAUGGGGACACAGUGAGACAUGGGAACACAGAGAUCCAGGGACACUAAGACACUUGGGGACACUGGGAAACAUGGGGGCACUUGUGGAUCCAGACAUAGAGACACUGGGAGAAAGGGGGACACAGACACUAGGGACACAGAGACAAGCAGACACAGACACUGGGAGACAUGGGGACACUGAGACAUUUGGCGACACUAAGACACUAGGGACACAGAGACAUGGUGUGACGGAACGCUGGCACUCCGACAGAGUACCUCCGCCAGUCGAUGCUCCUACCGCUUGCCGAGGACUCCAAGCACUCCAACCGACACCAUCAGCACUGCAGACCCGACUUCUGGCAAUGCAGCUGCGCCGGGGUCUCGCCGUCUCUCACCCACCCUGGAUCCAAGGCCAGGAUCCAGCUUCCAGUGAGUGAACCUCUCCUAAAUCCAGAGAGCAGGAACCAGGAACAAAACAAACUCUUGCAAGAGCUGACUCUGGGGAGUAUGUGAUUAUAGCAAUCCCCAGAGUGUAGUUAUCCCACCCCCCAAGCAUGAGCAAAGGCUUCAAGAAAGGGUCAAGCAGUUCUCUUUAAUUGGCACCAAAGGGCUUUCUAUUAUGGAGGUCUUACACAUACAUGAAAAAGGGCAUUCAUUCUCGGGACGAGAAUAUAAUUUUGCCUCUUUAUAAAUCACUGGUAAAACCACAUAUUGAAUAUGCUGUGCAAUUUUGGGCACCUGUUCUAAAGAAGGAUAUUAUGGCACUAGAAAAAGUGCAGAGGCGGGCUACAAAAUUAAUAAAAUGAAUGGAACAUAUCAGCUAUGAAGAAAGGUUAACAAAUUUAAACCUAUUUAGUUUAGAAAAACGUCGCCUGAGAGGGGAUAUGAUAACAUAACAUUAUACAAAUAUAUUUGAGGCAAAUACAAACCAUUGUGUGGAAAUCUAUUCACAAACCGGACUUUACAUAGGACACAAGGUCAUGCGUUUAGACUGGAAGAAAGAAGAUUUCGUCUAAGGCAAAGGAAAGGCUUUUUUACUGUAAGAACAAUAAGGCUGUGGAAUUCUCUGCCUGAAGAAGUGGUUUUAUCAGAGUCCAUACAGAUGUUCAAACAGCUACUAGAUGCAUACUUGCAAAAACAAAAUAUUCAAGGAUAUAAUCUUUCAAUGUAGGGUAAUAACUGCUUGAUCCAAGGAUAAAUCUGACUGCCAUUCUGGGGUCAAGAAGGAAUUUUUUUCCUAGCUUGUUGCAAAAUUGUGCUUCAAACUGGGUUUUUUGCAUUCUUUUGGAUCAACAGCAAAAAACAAAUGUGAGGAAGGCUGAACUUGAUGGACGCAAGUCUCUUUUCAGCUAUGUAACUAUGUAACAUACAGGACAGCCCACAGGGUUUUGAAGAACAAACCAAUCAAUACAUUACAACACAGCUAAACACUCCCAUUCAUACCAACAUAAAUCCUCCCCUCUGCCUGUGAUACAAUUAUCUCAACACAAUAGACUAACUCAAUUAUCACAGGCAGAAAAUAUACAGUUUUACACAAUAUUCAUAACUUUAAAAGUAUACAUCACAUUCACAUAAACUUACAUUUUCAGAAUCAGCAUACUCCAAAUACAAACAUACUCAAAAAUCAGGCAAUUCCUUCCAUUGGUUUAAAAGUUAGGUCGACGUCCUUUGUGAUCACUGCAAGCAUGGCUUUUCCUGCCCAAACCAGUUCCACAGAGUUAGGCUGUGUGACAUAAGUGGCUUAACUGGGUGUGGUAAGCCAACUAUUUCCAAGUACAGAAAAUCUCUCUAUUCACAACAACAGUAUAAAUACAUAAAAAAACAUAAUUCCUAUCAUACUGAACAGAACCCCCAGAUAGCUUGGAUCUGAGCGCUCAGAUCCCACGAACACAGUCAAAUUGCCAUGGGGUUUGUACUUUUUUUAAAAUUGGCCUAUUUCAUGGGCCUGGAGGUGCAGCUCCAUCAGCCCCUAUGUUAAUCCGGUCCUGACUGGCAGACACACACACUCAAAAAUUACUAAUAUUAUGCUGUAAUCCUCCUGCUCUGCUCCCUUGCAGUAUGUCUACCGAUGCAGGGAGCCAGAAUAUUACGUCAUAUUCUGGCUGCCAGCAUCAGUAGAUGGCUUGCGUGGGAGCCAGAUUACAGCUUCCUUGCUGCCUCUGAUGUUCUCACAGCCGCCCGCCUUGGGGGUCCAUAAACUGCUUCCUCCAAAACAGGAGAAAGCACUGGGGACGUCCAUGCGGGCACUUUGGGAUAGAUAGAACCAGGGCCGGCCUUGGCCUUUAGGUGCCCUGUGCAAAAAAAUCACACACACAGGCUUACAGUCACACACAAGCAGAGUGUGAUGCACACACAGUGUCACAGAGGCACACAGUCACACACACAUACAGUCACAUACACAGUUACAGUCACACAGAGGCAGACAGUCACACACAGAGGCAAACACAAUCACACACACUUACCUCUGUCCUAUAUGGGCUGGAAUGGAGGCAGUGUAGCUUCUGGAGUCUGGAUGUUAGGGAAGUAGGGACUCCUUCCUGCUUCCCCCUUCCUGUGCAGCAGUUACCCUGACCGAUGUCUUCUGGACACAUUUAGCCCCGCUGUACGGUAAACCCCGCCCCCUGGCACAAUGUUUUUUUUAAUAAUGCCAGGUGAAGGAUUCAUUAUUCUCCACCUUGAUACAGUGCCUGCAUUUGGGGGGGCGCAAGGGAAUUACGGCAUGAUGUGGGUGGGGGCAUGGCCCCCUCUGUCCCCUCCCUAGCGACUCCACUGCUACUUGCACAUGCUGCAGGAAAUUAUAUAUAGGACAAAAAUAGAUGAAAUAAUAUUUUUUUUUAAAAACACAUUAGUUCAAUAAUGGGCAAUAUGAAUCCAAAUCCACCCCUUGUAGCUCAUAGUUUUAAAAACUGUAAUGGAGGUAAUAUUCAUUACCUCCAAAUACAGUGCAUUAAAAAUGCAAAAUUUAAAAAUAGGGGAUGGGAUAUAAGCAGGACCCUGAAAUACCUAGAGUCCUUUUAUCUGCAGACUAGGAUACUUAUAGUGUUUCAGUCUUUGAUGUGACUUGUUGUGUAACAAUAUUUGGAUUAUGCACAUCCAUUGAUUAAUUGUUGUUUUUCACUUACAGUUCCUUUACUAUUUUAAUUUAGUUUUAAAAGAACUUUUAGUGAAUUUGAAUAGUGGAGCCUUGAAUUUAUUGCACGUAACCUACUGAAAGUGUACAUCCUUUAAAUGUUUGAUUUUGACAGUGCAGCUGCAUAUUAAAGGAUCACUAUAGUGUCAGGAAAACAAACUUUUCCUGACACUAUAUAACCCUUAUGACCCCUCCACCCUUCAGCUACUUACUUCAAUCCAUUGCCAGGCUCCCUCGGCACUGGUGACCUCUCCUCCCACUCCGACGUCAGCUCCUGCGUGGAACGGAAUGUGCAUGCGCAUUAAAAACACCCAUAGGAAAGCAUUUGUCAAUGCUUUCCUAUGGACGUUCUGCACCCUGAAUGCGAUUAACCCUGCAAAGUUUCUCUGAAACUGCUAUGUUUACAUCUGAUGGGUUAAAACCUGGGGGACCUGGCACCCAGACCACUUCAUUGAGCUGAAGUGGUCUGUGUGACUAUAGUGGUCCUUUAAGGCUUAUUCACCAGUGCAAGAAAUCUGUAGAACUGACAAGGAAACUGGAACUUUUAAGGCCAAAAUUGUCAUAUUUGGAAAAAGUGUCAAAUGCACUUACUUUUCAAGCCUAGUCUCGUCUUUGGCCUUCGGGUUCCCUUGUCAGUUCUCCACAACUCCUAGUUUAGCGAGUAAAUUCCAAUUUUGGGAUAAAGUUAGAAAACAUCCAUUAUAAUUUAACAUUAUUUCUCUUUCCCAGGAUUAUGGCGCACUUAAUGAACGGUAUCGCUCAACUCUAGAUCCCAACAUUGAAGCUACUGAUCCUAAAAGGACUCGGAUCACAACACUGCAAGAUGGGAUUUUAAAUCAGGUGAAAUUCAUAGUUGUUCAUAGAGGAUGUUCAGUUAUUGUUUGCGAAGCAACAUUUUGCUUUGUAUCUUAAAGAGAUAUUUAUGUGUCAACAUAAGUAUAGCAAUAAACACUGAAGAAUGCAGACGUAAAGGUGAUUUGUUAAUUUCUUCUGCUUUACCAUUUGCAUGGUGUGAGAGUAUAUUCAAUUGAGUAAGACUAGACUAAAGCUUCCUGCUAAUUCUCACCAUCCAUUAAGUUUUGAGUAGAAAUGUUAUCCAUACAUAUUUAAGAAAAAAUAUAAUAUAAUAUUAGAAUUAAAGGGACACCAGAAAAAGUCACCAGAACAUUUACAGUUUAUUGUAUUUGUUCUGGUGAGUAUAAUCUUUCCCUCAAGUGGGCACAUUUAUAAAUUUAAAGAGAAAUUAUGAGCACCAUAACCACUUUGGCUUAUUGAAAGGGUUAUGGUGCCAGGAUACCAAGUUUGAAUAAUUUGUCAAAUUGACAAAACUAGGCUUUAAAACAGAGAUCAUGGUACACAUGCAAGCUCUGCCAAAUAGAGAGCCAUCAAUUACACUUCAUGGCUAACAUACCAAAUCAUGCCAGUGCUGCUCUCAGGAUCAAGUGCUUUGCAAAUUCAAAGGCUGCCCCUAAAUUGAUAAUUAGUGGCAUGUGUACCAAACACCACUAAACACAAAGACAUAAGCAGUCUUUGAAGCUCUUUUGGACCAGCACUUGCAAAUCUGCAAAAUAGCACUUGCUAUGCACCCCAAGAGCUAGAAGGUGCAACUACUGGCUCUUUGAUUGCCGGGGAUUUAAAGCCCUAAUUUGUCAUCUUGACAAGUUGGCAAAAAGUAAAUCAUGCAGGAAUGGUACGAAGGCACCUUAACUAUUUAGUAAGCAAAAUAAGCAGAUGUGGUCACGCUGCCUAUAAUCCACAAAUCUUGGGAGACAUCAAAACAAACCAAGGUCUACAGAAGAUGGCAUCAUUUUUGAUUAUUAUGCAAUUCACUAUUUUUUUUAUUUUAUUUUAUAUCACAUUAUUUUUCAGGGCUUAGCACUAGGGUUUUAGUUAAGGAUAGAGCUCUUUUCUUAGGGCAUUUAUCUAUGUCCAAAUCUGUCUUUAUUACACUUCCAGGAAACAGCUACUAUUUGAAUUUGCUGCCAUUAAUUCAGUCCCUCAUCCCAUAGUGAUAUGCCAACAGAGGAGCUGUGGAGAAAAAAUUGCAUUGUUUCUUUCUCUUUAGCUCCUCUUCUCCAAUAUCAAAAUCUGGAUUGACAAAGAUCUCAGGUGGGAUAGAAAAAUUACCAGGUACACACUGGUGGAAUAAAACCUUCUUUGGAAUAUAAUUUGGUGUUGCACGUCUAUCAUUUCCAUUUACUUAAAGGAUCACUAUAGGGUCAGGAACACAAACAUGUAUUCCUGACCCUAUAGUGUUAACACCACCAUCUAGCCCCCCUGGAACCCUCAUGCCUCCAUAAAUAUAGAAAAAUCUUACUGUAUUCAAGCCUGAAGCUGUAACUCUGCAUGCUGUUAGACUGAGAAAAACAAGCAGUCUGCUAACAUCAUUAGAAGUGGUGGCCUGAUCCAAUGACAGUGCUUCCCUAUAGGAUUGGCUGAGACUGACAAAGAGGCAGAUCAGGGGCAGAGCCAGGAUGAUUUAACCACAGCCCUGGCCAAUCAGCAUCUCCUCAUAGAGAUGAAUUGAAUCAAUGAAUCUCUAUGAGGAAAGUUCAGUGUCUGCAUGAUGAGGGAGGAGAUACUGAAUGUUUGGAUGCAUUUUAGGCAGCCAUGACCCAGGAAGGAUCUCUAACAGCUAUCUGAGGAGUGGCCGGUGAAGUUAUCACUAGGCUGUAAUGUAAACACUGCAUUUUCUCUGAAAAGACAGUGUUUACAGCAAAAAGCCUGAAGGUAAUGAUUCUACUCACCAGAACAAAUUCAAUAAGCUGUAGUUGUUCUGGUGACUAUAGUGUCGCUUUAAAUAGUGACAAUUGUCCAAUAAUCUGGCUGUCACAUUGCUUCCCUGAAAUUAGUAGAUCCUUAACUACACAAUUUUGGUCAGCAACGUUAAGAAGGCCCAUAUACAUACACACCCUUUAUAUUGGUCACAGCUUCAUUUGGAUAUAACAUUAUUAUAAUAAAAUGACAGACUCUUAUGUAUUCUUUUGCAUCCACAGGAAAAGGAUUUAGUGAAGCGUUACACAGAGACUGAGGUGGAAAGCAAGCAACAGCUGAACCAGAUGACAUUUGCAAAGAAUAUUCUAGACAAGGUAAUCUAUUUCUUCUGGCUCAUAUUGUACUGACCACCCAAUGCACCUACGAACGGCUUUAUUCUACAAUUAAUUAUCCUUUUAGUUGGUCUGUAACAAUAUGGGUCAUAUACUUCUUAAUUCACACAUUGCGUGGAUGACAGGUCCAUAUAAACAAGGCUAUUCACUAGAGAAGAAUAAGAAUUCAAAGUGAAUUUCAAUGACUUGGAGAAUUUUUCUUGUUUAGCAUUUUUUACCUUCAAUUUUAAGUUCACUUUAAAUUCUCAGUUUACCAAUGAAACAUCUAAGUGUGGCUAGCACUAGGACCAUGAAAGAUGAUGUGUGAGCCCUUUUAUGUGAAGGCUUGUCAUGGUGAUAGAAUAUUUAAAGUGUAGAGAACGUUACCAUAUAGACAUAGCUCAGAGAAAAAAAAAUUAAGCAUAAUUACCUUCUGUAAACUUCAACUUUUAAGAGGUUAAAAAAAUGCAAUUUAGGAUUUCUAGUUUUGCACUAUUACACAAAACUAAUUUAUUUUUAUUUUUUUAAUUUUUUAGUCAGAUACUCAGGACGGAAUUAAAGUAACAACACAGAACAACCUGCGCUCAGAAAAUACACGGAGAUCUGUUCAAGAGUCAGAGACCCUUUUGAAACAACUGGAAGAAGAGAAACAAAAAGUGGGUGCAGUGCAACAGUCACUAGAAGAAAACAGAAAGAAACUUCUGCUAUUAAAGACUCAAAGACCUGUAGAAAGACUGGAGGAGAAGGAGGUGGUGCAGUAUUACAGAGACCCAAAACUGGAAAGUGAGUUGGUAAAAUUAAAAAGCCAAGCAGAUCAAGCAUAUAAAGGCAGAGAAAUAACACAAUCAGAGAUAGAAUUGGUUAACAAAAAGGUAAUUACAUUGGAGAACCAGAGAAAGAGCAUCAAACCUCAGCUUCUCACCAAAGAGGUCACAGAGAUUGAGCGGGACCCUAACCUAGAAUCUCAGACAACAACAUUAAAGAAAGACAUCAAAAGUAUGAAAGAUGAGAACAACUCAAUUACUGUGGAACUAGAAAGUCUAAGGAAAGAGGUCCUGUUGCUAGAAAAGAAACAACCAAAUAUUGUAGAAAGAGUAGUUGUAAAGGAGGUGGUGAAACUAGAGAGAGACCCUGAGAUAGUAAAGGCUACCAGGACUUUACAAAUGCAGAUUGAUGAAGAAAGCUUCCAAAGAAAGUCUCUUCAGGACAAUAUUUUGAAGCUGAAGAGGAGGAUAGAAGAACUGGAGAGAACAAUUGGGUCAGUGGAACCUAAGGUCAUAGUAAAGGAGGUAAAAAAGGUGGAGCAGGACCCAGAAAUACUAAAACAGGCUGCCAGGCUUAAAACUCUCAUAGAAGAAGAGCGGAAAAAGAGCGUGACCCUAACUCGUGAAGUGACAGAGCUUCAGUCAAAGUAUGUAGUGGUGGACAAACAGAAACCCAAGGUGGAAAUCAAGGAACGAGUCAAUGAAAUAUUUGUUGUGGAGCCUGAAACUGAGAAAGAGAUUGCACGUUUGAAGAAUGCCUUGCAAGAUAUAGCUUCAAAAAAAUCUUUCCAAGAGAAAGAGGUGAGCACAAUUCGCAAUGAUUUGAUUCUUUUACAGUCACAGAAGCCUGUAGUGGAAUAUAAAGAAGUGGUUCAAGAGGUAGUGAAGCUUGAGAGGACCCCAGAGGUGUUAAAGGAGAAUGAGAGGCUGAGAGGACAACUUGAUGAACUUGAAAAAAACAACAAUAGAUAUCUGGAGCAGAAGUCAAAACUUUCUAAAGAAAGAGAUGAGUGGAAAAAGGAAAGGUCAAAAGUGGAGACAAAAACUGUCAACAAGGAGGUGGUCAAGUAUGAAAAUGAUCCUUUACUGAUAAAGGAGGCAGAGCGCUUGCGUCAGGAAGUACGUGAUGAGUCACAGAAAAGGAGAGCAAAAGAAGAUGUAGUAUAUGACUUGCAAAGCAAGUAUCUGCUACUGGAAAGGAGGAAACCAGAGGAAAGAGUGGUAGUACAAGAAGUAGUUAACCUGCAGAAAGAUCCCAAAAUAGCAGAAGAACACUACAGACUUAGCAGAACUUUGGAUGAGGAAGUGAGUAACAGACGCCGACUGGAAAGGGAGGUGCAGCACUUACGUAAUCUGGUGGAAGAAAAAGAAAAACGACUAAACUUCCAAGAAGAGAGAGAUAAAAAGUUGGCUGCCGAGAAGGAGCUACGUCAGAUAACAAUGAGAAUCAAGGAGAUUGAAGAGCGACCUCCACCUGUGCAAGAGAAGAUUGUGAUGGAGGAAGUGGUAAAAGUGGAAAAAGAUCCUGUGAUGGAGCACUCAGCCAAUUCACUGCGCAAUGAAUUAGAUACAGAAAGGAGCAAGAUUAUGAACAUAGAAAGAGAAUGUAAAAACCUACAGUCAAGAGUAGACAUCUUGCAAAUAGAAAAAUCACUAGAAAAAACCAUCUACAAGGAUGUUAUCAGAGUAGAGAAAGAUAAGGUACUUCAGAAUGAAAGGGCCAAGCUGCGAGAACUUUAUAAUAAAGAGCGUAAUGCCAGGCAACUCACGGAAGAUGAGAACAGAAGACUCAAGGAGAAGAUUGAUAAGGUGGCCUCAACAAAGAAGACAUGGUCCAAGGAGGGAGAAGAGCUUCAAAGAGCUAGAUCUAUAGCCCAACAGGAAAAGGCAGCAAUAGAAAAUGAACUGCUUGAACUCAGAAGACAACAGCAGCAGAAGAGUGUUUUCCUGAAUAAAGAGUCAGAAUUGCUAACACAGAAGGCAGAGAAUGUACGUCAGAAGAAGAUUCAGAUGGAGCAUGAGCUUUCUCGCUUAGAAACCAAAAUUCUGGGUGAAAAAGACAAAAUUUAUGAGAAGGAAAGACAUAUUCGUGAUCUACAAUCUCGCGUUAACCGAGAGGAGCGUAAUCAGGAAACACAAAUGAGAGAAACCAAUGUUUCCACAAAAAUUUCAAUCCUGGAUCCAGACACUGGGAAGGAAAUGUCACCCUACGAAGCUUAUAAGAGAGACAUUAUAGACAGGAGUCAGUAUAUCCAGUUGCAGGAAUUAGAGUGUGACUGGGAGGAGAUAUCCACCACAGGAUCCAGUGGUGAAAUAUCUGUUCUUUUGGAUAAAAAGAGUGGUAAGCAGUAUUCCAUUGAAGAUGCACUAAGGACUAAGAAUAUUACCAAAGAAGAACUGCAGAUGUAUAGGGAUGGAAGGAUCCCAAUAUCAGAAUUUGCCCUUCUCGUUGCUGGAGAAAACAGGCCCCAAUCAAUGUCUAUUGGUUCCAUUAUUGGACCUAAAUCGCCACCACCCAAUCAAACCCAAACACGCACAUUCGUUAGCCAUAAUGCUCCCAAGACUUUCCAUGAUGACAGCUUUCCUAUUGCUGGAAUUUAUGACACUACUGUUGACAGCAAAUGUCCAAUCAGAAGUGCAAUAACAAGAAAAAUGAUUGAUCCAGCAACAGCUCAGAAGCUGCUGGAAGCCCAGGCUGCUACUGGUGGCAUUAUCGACAUUAUAAAUAAGGAACGUUUUUCAGUUCAUAAAGCCAUAGACAAAGGCAUGAUUGAUGGUAACAACCUACAUAGUCUACUGAAUGCCCAGAAAGCUUUCACAGGAGUUGAGGACCCAGUAACAAAGAAACGCUUGUCAGUGGGAGAGGCUGUACAGAAAGGAUUAAUGUCUAAAGAAACAGCAUUACCUUAUUUGGUUGUACAGCAUCUUACAGGGGGUCUUAUUGAUACAAAGAAGACAGGCAGAAUCCCAGUUUCAGAUGCGGUAGAGCAGGGAAUGGUGAGCAAAGAUUUGGCUGAGCAAAUACAGGAUGAAGCAAACUAUGAGAAGACUAUCACUGAUCCAAUCACAAAAGAAAAACUGAGCUACAAGGAAGCCAUGGCUCAAUGUCGGAAAGACCCAGGGAGUGGACUUCUGUUGCUCCAGGCAGCUUCAGAAAGCUACCAGCCUGCUGUCUACCGUCCUGUGAACACCAUUCCAUCAUUGACAUCCUACAAGUACUAGGGGAAAGGGGAACGUCCGAUAUCUAUUUUAAUGUAUUGUAAUUGAGCUGUAUUGUUGUAUCCUGUUUUAGAAUGAAUACAUCUGCUGUUCUGUUUUAAAUCAAUUUCUGGAUUCUUUAUAAUGGAAAUACUGUGUCUAUGUUGAAUAGCGUGUGUUCCUUUUCUCUUAAUAAAUGGGAAACUGGCCUUGA